CUUGUAAAAUUAUUUUCAUUUUUGCUAAACAUUUUUUAUUAUUUGGUGUUUUCCCCUUUUUUUCUUUUUUCUUUUCUUGUCCCUAAACCCCUAUCUAAAUUUUAAAUACCUAUACUUCUUUGUAGACCUUCAUUGAUCAUGAGUAAAUUACUAUUCAUUCGUAAUAUUCGUGGUUUAGAUGAACCAUCACUGAGGCAGAUCAUCAAUAGUAAAAACUUGCCUUGUGGCACUAUAAUGUUCAAAUCAGGAGGAGCUUGUGCAACAGUAGAUUUUAUGGAACCUUCCACGGCCGAAUAUGCCUUGGCUGAACUUAAUGGUGAGUUAUUUUUGCAUUAGUACUCUGUUGUUAUAGUUCAGUAUAUCUAUUGAUUACUAGGUAAUUCCCUGUAUUACUAAUAUUUAAUAUAUAAUUACCUAUUACUAGGUACUAAUAUUAUCUACUAUAUAAUAUUCAUAUGUUUGUAUACAAUUCAUACAAUUCCUUUCAUUGAUUUCACUAGCUAGUGAUCAAUUUAAAUGUACUCAUUUAUCAAAAGUAAGCUAGCAUAUAUUUAAUAUAAUCCAAUAAUAUAAUUUGGUUUCCUAAAAAUACAACCUAGGUAAUUAUUUUUUAUGUUUGAUAUAUUCACCGGAAUAAAUUAUUUACAGGUAUGCAGCUUCAAGAUCAAACUCUCGUUGUUGAACCGUACAAUGGAUUGCACAGUCAAAUGGUGAAAAAAGCAAGGUAAUUCAUAGAAUAAUUUUUAACUAAUUUUAUGUCAAAGUUUCAUUUAAAUCAUGCUAUUUAAUAAUAGUGAUCAAAUUAUAUACAUAUUUAUAAUAUUCGACCGGUAUAGUCAGAGGUAUAGUUCAAUAUAGAUACCUAAUAUUCUCUUUAUAGUGCAUUAUAUUAUUAUUAUUUAUAAUAUUCAUUUAAUUCUAUAUAUUUUUGUUGAUUUAACUGUACAUAUGAAAGCAUUAUUACAUUAUUUAUGAAAGUAAUAAUAUAAUAUGACAUAUAUAGACAAAUUAUAUCUGGAUAGUCUAGUUAAAAUACCUAUGAAUACCUUAGUCUUAUGCAAGAUUUUAAAACUGCAUACUAAUAAUUAUUAUCAGUAUCAAUUCUGAUCACGUAUAUAUCUUUGAUGAGAUAAAUAUUGCUCAUAUUGUAAAUAAUAUGUUUACUAAAGUAUUAUUGGAAUUGUCCCUUAUUUAAGAUAAAAAAAAAUGAAGAGUUAAGAAAUAAUAAAAAAAAAUUGUAUUUUGUUUUAAGGUUUGUGUGUGUGUUCCAUUUAAACAAUUUUGUUUUAUUUUGAACAUUUUAUGUUUUUAUAAUACAUUUUCACAAGUAAAAUAAAUUACACUAGUUUUGAGUAUGUAUGCGAUAUAAGUGUUUAUUAAAAAAAAUUGUUUUAGUAUAUUAUAUCAUAAUUAAACAACUAGAUAUUAUAUAGUAUUCCAUAUAUACUAUAUGUAUACUACUCCAUGUAUACUAUGGCAGAUGCCAAGAAUAUGAUAAGUAAAAAUUAAUUCAUUCUAUGGGAUAUUACUCGCAUUAAAAUUUGGAAAAUUGUCUGUAAUUUGAAAAUUUGAAAAAUUGUCAUCUCAUAAUGAAUAAUAUGAUCAAACUGAUUAAAUUGCUGAAAUACAUAAUUAGUUAUUUAGCCGUAGGAUAUUAUAUACAUUUAUACCUAUAUCAUUUUGAAAUUAUACUCAAGUAUUAAUAUAAAUUGUUGAGUGUUAUGACUGAAAAAGGAUCUAUACUUUUUAAAAUUACUAUCCCUUUGGUUAAAAAAAAGUAUUUUGCAUAGUUAAUUAGCUACUGAGUAUUUUAAUUUUUGUGUCUAAUGUUGCCUGGUUAAAUUAAUCUUUUCAAUAAACAUUUUGUGGGUAAUAUUUUACAACAAAUAUCAAUGUACAUAAAUUUUAUGAACAAUCAACCAUUAAUAUGUCUUUGGUAAAUUAAUUUACUAAUAAAUUACCCUAUUUAUAGCUUAUAUAUAAUAUUAGGUUUUAUAUUAUUAUUACUAUCCUCAUAAUUUAUAUAAAUAAAGUAAAGAUUGUUUUAUAAUUAGUAUAUUGGGUUUAAUGAUAGAAAAUAUUCUAUGUGUUUAACAGAUUUAUAAAUUGUAUAAGAUAAUCUAUUCUUUCGUUUAUUUGUAAUUACUAUGAAAAUUAUAUUUGUUUACUUGGUGGUUUUGAAAUUUUUAGUUUUUAAGAUUAUACAAUUCCUGUUUACUUUAUCAAUUAUUUAAAUCUGUGGCAAUAAUACAAGUGAUCUCUGGAACUUCAAAAACUUAAAACUAAAUAGGAUGGAUAAUUGUAUCUUAAAUUGGAAUGGGAACUCCAAUCCUCUCCUCUCACUCCUUCCCACUUCAAUAUUUUGGUGUCUACAAUGUGUAAUAAAGAUAAAUAAGUAUUUUAUUAAGCUACCUUACAUAAAAAUUAUUAAUAAAACAAAAUAAUAUAAUCAAACAAUAUGUACUCAUGUAAUAUAUAGAAAUAAUAAAUCUUACAUUGGAUCAAAAAUAAAAUACAAAAACACCAUAUUGUAUAAUAGUUUUCAUACUCAAUGUUUAGUAUAAAUUUAACUACCAGAGGCCUAAAUUAGUAAAAAUGUAAAAUAUUUAUUUUUUUGUACUGUACGCUCAAUAUUAAAACAUAUUAUAUCGUCGCCCCCUCCCCCUUUAUCCUGCAACGGCAUCAUUUCAGAUUUUUAUGAAAGGUAGAUCAAUUAUUGAUAAAAAUAUCAACGAAAAAAUUGCUUGUAAUUAAUCUUAAUUUACAUUUACCUACCUUAAAGAUGUUAUUUUAGAUUUUUUCAGAGGGACUAUACUAAUAUAUUUAUUAUUAUUAUUUAAAUUAUCUAAAAAAAUUUUAAAAACACAUAAUUAUUACAAUCUACUCAUCAUGAAUACAGUGUGUCUCAUCAUGUUCGACGGAUUAUUUUUGCACUGUUAAUAUUACAUUUUUUUUUUUUCAAUCAGUUUGUAUUCGAGGAGGAAAUCGCUUUGAAGAUAAACCGAUAGGAAAAAAAUUAAAAAUUAAAAAAAAUUGAAUAUUAACUGCGUUAGAAAAAUCUAUUGAAUACGGUGGGACACACUGUAUAAUAAAUAUUAAUUACUCAUAUGAUCAGGUUUUAUUCAUUAUUUAAACAUUGAUAAAAAAAAUAUUUUUAAUAUAAUAUUCUGUGUCUUCGUCAUCUUUGAAAUAAUAUGUGACAAGGUCAUAAGGAUAACUUAUAAUUGUUUACGAGUGGAUUAUUUCAAUUAAUCAAUAAUCGACAAAAAAUUUUCGAUUUUCUUAUAUUAGAUUAAUCGAUUAUAAUCGAAAACUAUUAGAAUAAUCGAUUAUCGCGGAGAAAAAAAUAAUCGCGCAGUCCUAUUUACGAGUCAAAUUUUAAUAAAGAUAUAUUUUAGAAUUUUUUUCCUCCAAUAAUAAUUAUUAAAAGUAUGAAAAAUUGUGAAAUUAAAAACUAAUAUAAAUAAAUAUUCAUACUAUAGCUGCUAAACACAUUUUGAUUUCGUACUGCACGCCUAACAUUUCGUAUUACACAACGUGUAUUGUAGUACACACAGUUUUAGUCCCUGCCAUAUACUAUAACUCUGCUAGUUCUAUGGAGAAGAUCAAAUAACGAAAAAUAAAACUUUAUACAGAAAUAUCCAGAAUUUAAAGUAUUCUAUGUAGAUUAAAAAUUAUGUAAGACGCGUUUAUUAUUUUAAUACAUUUUAUCAACUUUCCAAUAUUGUUGUAAACAAUUUUUUUUUCCUUGAAUGAUACGGUUGCAUUUUUAUAUUGCUUUUUUCUUUGCUAGAAGAGCAGUACGUGUACGCUGACGGUUCAACAUCGCAAAUUUUCUUGUCUUUACGGGCCUUUCUUUCUGCCACAUUCUUCAACAUGCGCUUUGGCAUAUUAUUAUAGUUUUUGGGUAUUAGCGUACGAUUUUUGAUCGCCAACUGUUUUCGAACUGUUUUCGGCAACCAUACUUGGACUCACAAAUCGUGUAUGUCCGUUGCUGACUUUUCUCCACAAUCCGCUAACAUCGUCAAUCGGUCAUGUUUGUUUCGGUUUUACAAUACCGAACAGCCGAAUUCGCUUGACGUUACGCAAUGCCUAAAUGAUGGUACUGAUUACGGUUAGUUAGAUAUUCGAACAUUAUAUUUUAUGUUUUACGAGUGGCUUAAUGUGUUUUGCUUUUAAGCUAUUCAAUAUUUUUAUGUCUAGACUCUAUAUUAUAGAUAGUAGAAAUGAAACGCAUUGACAGUAAUUAUUAUUGACACGACGAUUUUAAAUAAUUUAGUGCUCGUAUUAGUAUUGUUUUUACUACUGAUUUUGAUUGAUCCUAAUUUGCUGACAAAUUAACCGGUUUUAUUAGAUAUUAAAAGUGUUCUCGAUUCUCCAACAUUAAUAUCAAAACUACUGUACAAAUUAUUCAAUUAUUAUACCUAGAUAUUCUUAUUAGAAGCGUCAAAGUGCGGAUUUGGGGGACGCCUGCAGGCUUCACUCGCUAACUAUUGAGUACUACUGUGUGAUCUUCUUAGUUUACCCUCCCCCCCCUCGUCAGUGGCGCCGAAUUCUGUGUUGAAGUUGAGCCUUGGCUUGACUUCUUUUAACUGCCCAAGAAUGGUUACCAAAACGAAUGUGUAAUUCAUAACAGAAAUAAAAACCUACACUUACCAUAAUUGUGGACAUGAAAUGGGUUGUGUUUGUUAUUGUGCCCACUCUAAAUUUUUUUCGCCUGAUUAAAUUUUACAUUUUUAGGGCUUAGGCGCCACUGCUCACCACCACGGGGAACCAAAAUAGCCGCUUAUUUAACCAAAAUCUCCAACUAGAUACUACUGCAAGGGAGAUAGUGUACUUAAUGUAAACCUAAACCUCGCUAAUUCGACCAGGCCUUAGUAUGAUAGAACAAAAAAAAAAAAUGUAACAAAUGUGACCACAAAGUUCGAAUUCGAAAAGGUUGUCAGCAAAUUGGGAAGACAACGUUACAAUCAAUUUUUGUUUUUUCAUUGUAAUUCAGUAAAAAUAAUCGUAAAUACCUGAAACUUUCACUGAAUACUAUUAUAUUAGCAAUUUCUAUGUGCGAUACAAAUUUCAAAACAUUCUUACGUUUUUGAGUUAUUUACAUCUAACUGUUUGACAUAUUCGAAUUUUUUUAUAGUCUUUAUUAUUAAUUUUCGGGAUACAAAUUAAAUUUCCCCAUGCACUAUAGCUAUCUUCCUAAUCUUUGUAUCGAAGAUACGAGGCCUACUCAUUUACUCGUCAUGCACGAGGAUAUUGGAUACUUUAAAAAAAAUAUAUGAUGAACGAGUACAAAAUAAAACCCAUAAGUGACUGUUUUACAAAAUUAUAAUACUGAUUUAUGUAUCAGGGAGAAUACAUUUAGGAGGCGGAACAUUUUUCAUAUCUCGUAUAUUUUUAAUUUUACCCCCUCCCUCCAAGAAUUUGUCCUAAGUUACGCUUAUGAUACCGACUAUAAUACCUAUCUAAUCUACGUUCACUCGUUUUUCUUUCUCGUAUGCGUGUACAUCACAGCGGUCCCUUUGUGAGAAAAUCACAUUCUCGUCACCGUUGUAGCACGUACCGUAUACCGUUGCAGUAUAGUAUACACUUGUAAUACACUAUAAGACGUACUACGCGGAACAUUUCUUGCGAUUCUCGUUCUCUUUUAAAAAUCCGAUAGCCGACCAUCGGACUAAAACGCGUAUUGGGCAACCGGAAAACGGACGUGUCAUCAUAAUAAUACAUACCUCAUGUUGCCGAAGGUGUGCUCGUGUGCGUAUACGCGUGGGUAGACGGUCGUGUUUAUAAAUUAUUCGGACGAAAUAGUGACGAGUGAUGAAGAAACCGGCCGGGUUGUACCCAUCAUCAUCAUCCGAUCUUCGUAUAUAUUAUUGUUUCCACGCGGCGCAUAACAUAUAUAUUAUUAUACACGUAUGGCACCUAAUUCUUUUAUCAUAUUUUUUUUUUCUUUUAUACUAUUAAAACGCUAUACAUAUAGUGUAUAAUAUAAUAUAUAUAUAUUGGUAAAUAAUCGCGGAGGGCCGUCACCACACCGCGACCGGCGGCGCGUCAUAUUUCUGUCGGUUGGGUUGCCAAACGUGACAAUGGAAUUUGUUGUGUGUGUGUGUGCGUGCGUGCGUGACGUGUGGGGGUUGUAAGACCGGCGCGCUAGGGGAUGAUGAUUCGUGUGCGUUUCGGUGGGGGGNGGGGGGGGGGGGGUGGGGGGGGGGGGGGGAGGCGAUGUGAGGAUUGGGCGGUGGCACAACCCUUCGGCGUCGGCCGGCGCGCGCGCGUUUAAUCCCCGCGUGGAGUUCCCCUCUUCCCACCCCGUCACGACGCAUACCACCCUGAAUACACGUCGCCGUGUUCCGCAUCUGCCUCGGCGACGCCGUCGCCAUCUUGUUUUUACACCCCAAUCGGACGCGCGCACGUAUAUAUACACUGCACCGGUGGCGGCGACGGUGGCAAACACUGCACGACGACCAUAGGGGAAAUGAAAUAAAAUUACACGUCGUUUUUCGCCCUCUCUGUCACGCGUGCGUGUGUGUGUGUGUACAUUCUUCCUGUAUAUAUGUACACACACAUGAACCGUAUACGUUUUUCAUUUUUUUCAUUUUUUUUUUUGUCUAUAUUUUUAGACCUCUAUUUCUCUCUCUUUCUCUCUCUCUCUCUAUAUAUAUAUAAGUAACGACGUAAAUACUUCUAAUGAAAAUUAUAUGUUUUGUCCGGAUGCGUUUACAAUUUUAAAUACACCAAUUUACGAAUAAUUCCGCGUAUACAGUUACUUAUAUAUUUUAUUUUAUUACUUUCAACAUCAGGAAUCUAAUAAUAAUACAUCGGAUUGGCUGUGUGUGAGAAUAUUCCCUCAAAGAUUUAAUAAUAAUAUUCUUUACGUAUUCUUUAUUGAGCCUAUGUACUAUGUUUGGGUGAAUAUACCAACUAUAUAAUAACUAUAAUACUAUUUAGUUAAAUUAGUUUAAGUACCUACAUAAUGAGUUUAUCUGAUUUUUAAACAGAGUUUAUUGCUGAUAACCGAUCUAUCGUGAUCAGUUAUCUAAUCAAUGCCGUUUAAAAAUCUACGUUUAUAUUGGUGAGAACAGCCCUUAAUCUAAUGCAGUAUACAAAUUUGUAUUAAUUACUUUGUCUUAGAAUUAAAUAGUAGCAAUACAAAUAUGUUAUGUAUAUUAACUGUAUUAUUCCAGUUAGAUAAAGUCAAAUGGCGAGGAAACAGUGGUAAUAUUUUAUAUUACUAAUGUAUUUUCAUUUAUAUUUCUGUAUAAGUUUGGUGUAGUAUUAUUUAUUAUAUAUAUAUAUAUAUAUAUAUUCAUCAAUAUAUUACUGUGGUUUUCAUAUGUAAAAUUUGUAUCCAUAGUUUUGAAAGUUUCAAUAAUAUACAAUACAUAAUGCAAUAUUAUAGUUUAUUGUAUUCAACUGAAAUUCGCUACUUACUUAUACUUUUGCCAGUAUUUUAUGAUCAUCUAGAUUUUGUUGUCUACAUUAUAUGAUAAGAUAAUUUAUUCUUAUAUGUAUAAUAUAAUACGUGAAUGCUCGUUAAGCGUUGACAUUUUUGGAAAAUUAUAAAUAAAUAGUUGCAGGCAUACUAGCGGUGUAGUAUUGCCACGCUCUUUUGAGUGAUGUUUUUAGUAAAUUGGCCAAGUCCCACCUAAUAUUUUUGCUUAUACUUAUUUAAAGACGGAAAAAAGUACUAUAAAUAUCAUUUACAUUACGCAGACUCGCCGUAACCCAAACUGUGUUUAUGCCAUUUUAACAGGGCCAACAAAUAAAAAAAAAAAAAUAAUAACCGUUUAUAUACCUAUGCCGGGUUGCAUAAAAACUGUUUUGUUAACUAUUGGUUCUAUCAUCUAUCUGUUCUGUAAAAUAACAGUUAUUGAACAGUUUACGUAGCAUACAAUUAUUUCAUUAUUUGUAUUUAUUAUCUAUGGUUAUAACUUACUCAGUUAUCAGUAUAAAUAUUUUAUCCAUAUCAAAUUAUAACGUGAUAAUUCAAUAUCAAGUCAUUAUAUUAUACAUUCUCGUAUUUUAUUCUUACAUUAUACAUUCUUCUUUACCUAUAUGUAUUAUUUUUAUUUAUUUAUUUUCUUUUUGUAUUUAAAAAUGGCAAAUCAUUAAUAUCUUCGAGGCGAUUUAGAGAUCGGUCAAAUCGCCUCGGCCUUGGCAGAAUAUGAAUAUCAAAUAACAUAUCAUCAGACUUAUCUGAUGAAGACGAGGAUGGUGUCAUUGACAUUUUUAAAACAAUAAAACAGUAACAAAUAACUAUUUACAACAGUAAAUAGUCGCAUAGAAUAAGAAAAUUAGUCACAAAAAAAUUGAAUUACGUUUUUUUCGUGAUAAAAGAAUUAUAAUUACCUAAAUGAUAAGGUUAAACAGUUCUGCAAAUUUUACUAAACUGAAAUCGGCUCUACAACUAAUCAAUUCAAUAACUAUAUUUUUGACAAGAGCUAUCAAAUUUAGGGAACUGUUUUCAAUUUUACGGAACCGAGAGCGGGCUAUCGUUAGCGGGUAUAGAGUUUUAUGUAACCCGGCACUAGUGUAACAUUAAUUAAAUAUUAUAAUGUUAAUUUCAUUAUUAUAUAGUCACUAUGUUUUGAAAUAAUAUUGUACUAAAAUGUAUAGAACGACGCUAAAUUUUAUCAAUAUUACGAUGUUAUAUUUCUUUGGUCGCAGGGAAGAACUUAUAUAUUAAUUUGGUCCAUUUAGCAAUUGUGUCAUUAUGUUAUUUAGCAAUUUUCAAAAUUUAAUUUGCUUGCAUUCAAAACUAUACAAAAUUGACUUACGUUCUUUUUCCCCGAGACCAAAGGUAAUAUACUAUUAUAGGACUGGGUGAAAUUUUACGAUUUAAUAUGGAAUUUGAUAAUAUUGUAUACCAAUCAUAAAUAAAACUCACGACGGCAACAUGUACGAAUUAUUAUAAUUUUUUUUUAUUUUACGAAAACCUGAUUUCUAAUGACUGUACCAAUGUUCCACGAGCGAAAUGACCAUAUCACUUUUCCGACAGUUAAGAUAUAAAUACUCGACUAAAUAUUAUAUAGGUAUUAAUUACAGUAAUAAUUAAAUGUAGUACUCUAUCAUACCAUUCAUUCAGUUAUUGAAUUACUAAAUGAUAUUAUAAUAAUAUUACUGCGUUUCUAGAGGACGUGAUAGAAGCUGUACAUAUACUAACACAAUCCUCUGUAAAAUCGCUCUCCAAUAAUUGUUUAGUCUUUUUGUGUUUGACGCGGGAUUUUAAAUAAUGCAGGAUUUAAUGUUUCGUGUUAAUUUAAUUUUUGAAUUUUAAAAUAAUUUGUAGUAAUAGUAGAAAAUUAUAUUUUCAGAAUAUUUUCGCUAUUAAUCAUAACGUUUAUAGUUUUAAACCGUAAAAUGACGAUUAUUUUUAUUUAAAGAAGAAAUAAAAUGUCCAUCCAUGGUGGACAAAGGGGGGCUUUUCUCAACAAUCAUUGUUUUAAAAUUAUUUCAUAAAAAAAGAUGUAUGUAGCUGGAUCAGUAUCUAAAACGAAAUUAAUGUUGGUACUUCUAUCGUGGGUGAAUUCGUGUGAAUUAAAUAGUCUUCAUCAUACCGCCUCUGUUGUUUUGCUGCCCUGUGUGAAUAUACUGCCUGUACAAUAUGCAGCUUUACGAGUUGCGUGAUAUCCGCAUUUACUGUCUGAGACCAACUAACGGAAAAAAUGAACAUUAAAACCUACAUAGAACAUAAAUGUAGGUGAAAAUUGGAGUUUAAACACAGAUAACAAAAAAUAAUAAAAGAAGAUAACAUUUUCUAGAAGUGCACGUAGAUUUUUGCUUAAAAAUCAUAGGACAAAAAAGUUACGGAUGUGUUAGUUGGUUAUUAUUAUUUUUUUUUUUUUAAUAAAGUUGUUACUUUUUCGUAUUGUAAUCUUGUUUAGAAAAAAACUACGUACAGUUCUCGAAAAUGUUUUCUUAUUUAGAUUUUUGUUAUUUCUGUUCAAACUCCGAUUUCAACCCAAUCGCCACUAUAUUUUAUAAUCUAUGUAUAACAUCAUUUUGCUAUGUUACCCAUCAUUGUAGUUCAACUGUAACAGUAAAUGCGGGUAUCACGGCCUCUUAAUCGCUUCUUUAUUAGUAUUAUUGAGUCGUGUAUAUUGUGUAAUAUACAAUUUCCAAACGUUUACCAAUUUGUCGGAAUAUUGAAAAAAAAAAAAAAUUCUCACCGCCGACGUUAUCUUCGUCGUUAUAUACUGCCCACAUCCAUUAUAUUAUAAUAAAAUAACGUCUCUCUGUCUUUCGGUGGCAACAGCACCUUUCUCAUCAUCACGAAUACAUUUUAUUACACAUCUAUUGCGUACUAUGUCGUCGGUUUUUCGUAAAUUAUCAACAGCGUCGUCGGCUGAACGCGACAAUAAUAAUAUUGUACACGUGAAUGUUGGGAAGCAUUGCAUCCUUUAUAUCGGACGAAACGCUGCACAGUAUACACUAAUACGCACCUUGACUAUAUAGCUACCUAAAUCGUCCUGUAUCGUUAUACGUUAUGUAGGUAUACUCUGUGUAUAAUACGUGAGUGUAUACAAAAACCCAAUGGACGAGAGGAGGAAAUUGGGGGGAGGGUUUCAUCCUGCACACAUACAACCAUAUAAUAAUAAUAAUACCUACUAUAUAUCCCUCUCAUCGUCGUCGUCAUCCCUCUCUUAUAAACUCCGUGUCUGUGAAAUUUCUUUUGGACCUUUUUUCUCACCCCUGUCGGAUUUUUAUUAUAUUAUUUACUUCGCGUCUUUGUAAAAAAUAAUAUGAAAAUAGCACUGUGUGUAUACCUGAUGUAUUUACCUAUGAAGUCCGUGCACGCUGUAUUAAAUUGCCAACUAUAUCUAUAAAAAAAAAAUGACAAAAACUGUAAAACUGCACAUAUAUACAUUUGUAUUACGGUAAACACUCUUUUUACAUUAUCUUAUUACACGCGUUUUAUUUUGUUUUUACGUAUCGCACAUGCAACAAUGUCGCCAAGGGUGUUAAUAUAAUAAUUCAUUUUUUUUUGGUCCACAUAAAAAAAAAAAAAAAAAUAACUUGUUAUAAUUUUUUGUAAAUAUGAAAAGCAUUACACACUCGCAUUUGUUUCGCACGCGUAUAUAAACGAGUAUUUAACACGAUAAAAAAACUAUAUAAUAUUUUACAUACUUGUAAUUUUAUUUUGGUAUAUAUUUGCCAUAACAUUUUGUUGGCAAAAAAUACCCGUAAACCAUAAUAAUAUGAACCAUUGUCGUUUUUGGCCAACUACCUGUAUCAGAUCCAUGGUGUAUAUAUAUAAUAAUAAGUAUCUUUACACAUGUUAUAUUACAGUAGGUUAUCGUAUAGAAUUCUAUUGGCGGAAGCACACAGUCGAUAUAUAUUAUAAAACGACCCUUGAUUGUUUCUUUAUUCACUUUUUGAUUCUUAGAAUUGAAAAUAUUCACUUUUUCAAAGGAGGUAUAUGUUAAGGAAUUUCGAUAUUUCGCGUUCGUGCUGUGUUCGACGUGUAUGAAAGAAAUCGUUUAGCGUCUUCUCUGUACGUUUUGCAGAAAAAUACGACUGAAUCAUUGCUUCUCAAAAUGUUUUAUUCCGAAGCGUAGCGAGGGAUUUGAAAUUAUGAUGUGUGCUAUUUUUUUUCCUAUAUCUGUAAAUAACUUUUCUACCGACAAUCUUGCUUCGGUCAUCAACCGAUGUCAAAUGGUGGGUUUCUAGUAUAAUAAAUUUGUUUAAUUAGUGAAUGGGGUAAAUCAUUUUUUAAUUUUCCUUGUAAUUUUCUUAAUAAUGGGGAACACGGUGAUAUUUACGUGAAACCACUUUAUAUUAUUUUUUUCGUUGUAAUUUAGUUUAAAAUAAUCGUAGUGAAUCUAUGUGAAUCAAAUAAUUUAUUUGAUCGAUGGAAAGCUUUCCUUGGCCAAAUAUUGGCAAGUAAAUGAGAAAAACAAAUAAUGACCUUGGGUUUUUUUGCCUUAUUUCAUUUUAUAAAUUCGAUCAGUAUAUUGUUUAAAAACUGUUGGUUUGGAUACUAUAGGUCUUUUAGUGAACAGUUUAUUUUGUCUGCAUUAAUUCAAUGGGUUUUUCCACAAAGGUAAUAUCGCGUUGGAGAAUAAAUCAAAUAAACUUUAAAAGCCCAAUGCGAACGCAAGUUAGCAGGAGUUAUAUUUUCAUUUUCAGUAUUUGUUGCACAUAAUAAUAUCGAAGUAGCGAUAUUUUAUUGACUUGUUGAACGUGCAAUAUUAUAAUUUUUUUUUUUACACUCUUUCUUGAAUGGUUUUUAUUUUGUAAUUAUCUGUUUUUUCUUUUCCUAUAUUAUUAACUAAAAUCGACGAACGAGGAACCAUUUUAAAAUUAAGUUCCCCGACGAAUCGUUAAUUCACAAUUGCACAUUUUAUUUGCAUCUCAUUCUAUCUAUGGAUUGAAUAUGCGUCGCCAUAAUUGUAACAAUACAACGAAAAUCUUAGAAAUGUAACUCAGUUACUUUUUAUGUGUUUGCUGUUUAGUUAGAUUUGAAAAUGCGAAGAAUUCCUUGUGAAUACACGGAUUAUUACUUUAUCAAAAAUUAUUGUCCGCAAGUUUUGGUUUAAUCUGGACCAUAAUAUACAUCCGAAUUGAGUGAAAACCACGGUACUCUAUGAACGGUAAUUUCUUCUGAUCCCCUCUUCUAAGUUGGAUUUUUGAUUUUUCUCGUAACUAUAACACCAUCUAUGUUCCAAAUUUCAAUACUCCAGCUUGAUUGAAAGUAACUUAAAUUUAUCAUAAUCUAUCAGUUAACGAGUGGCGAAAAUUUUUAUACAUUGUGUUAUAUAUUAUACUUAUAUAGUUGUGGCAUACAUAUACAUAAAAUAAAUAAACACGUAAGUAAAAACGUAGCCUGCUGCAAAAGGUUUAUUAUUGGUUGUGUGUGAUUAUUUUUAAAAUUAUUUAUUGUUGUAUUAUAUUUUAAAAGUAUUGUUUUGGGUGUGGUCAAGCCCCCACAUGUUUGAGUUCAAUAAUUAUAAAGGGCGCUAAUUAUUUUUAAGUCUCGUCGCGCAAUCCCUCUUCUUUUAUUUUUCAAAUUCAAGCAUUGCCUAUACAACCUAAAUUAAUAGUAAUUGUCUCUUUAAUGUACCUAUUCAAUUUUUGCGAUGGCUAAUAUAUAAUGUACCAUAUUUUUCGUGUAAUUUCGCAAAACAUAACAUUAUAAUGUUAUCCGGGCGAAUAAGUCAACUUGGUAAAUAUAAUAUUAUUAUAAUACACCGCAGGUAAAGCCAAAGUCAUAAUUUUAAUUUAUAUAGUAUACCUAAAUAUUAUUUUAUCAACAGGACGAUCAGAAAUUUAAGUUUUAAAAUACGAAUAAUAAUGAUACAUGUAUUCAGUAAUUAUUACUCUCCUCGAAAAUGUAGUAGCGAUUCGAAUAAUAUUAGAAUUAUUUUAUAAUUUAUUUAUCAUAACUAGGUAUGGCAUAAUAUUAUCAAUUUGUUUUUAAUGUCGUAAGUGUGGGGGAGGGGGCAUCGAACGAUGUUUCUUAUUGGCUACUAUAUGUAUGGGACUAUCAUCAUGCGAUUAGAUUAGGUACUUAUAUAUUUGGUAUAAAAUAAUUAGAUCGAUAAUUUUAACAAACACGUGUAAAAAUAAACGAACCGUCGUCGUAAUUUUUUUUUGCUGAGUAUUUUUAACUAUACGUAUAGCUGUAUCGUAUUGCAUUGUACAUAUCAAUUUGAUUACGUUUAAAAAAUUGUUUCGAAAACCAAAAUCAAUAAAAGAAAUUUAAAUAACGUGUCUCCCCGUAUAAAACCUCGAAUGCACUUUUUUAUUAUUGUUACGUGACAUCCACGGGUCACCCAUAAAUGAUCAAAAAUAAUUAAAUCUUAGUUCCAAAAUUACUAAAAAACCCCUGCCAAUCAUCCUUUGGUGUUUGAAUUUCGGAAAUCUGGUUUAAAGGUGCACACGGACUCGUUCAUCAUCCGUUUUUGUGUGCAUGUAAUAAUUUGUUCGACCAAUAGGCAAUUCGAAAAAAAAGUGGAAUUCGACCUUAACCAUUAUGAAAGACUCGUCGUUUGCUUCAUUCAUUUGUAUGUGUUUAUGUUUUACGUAAUUUCUCAGAGACCACGUAUAUCGCUCUUAUAUAGUACAUUCCGGUCUAUUGACAUCUAUAAUUUAUUCUCACCUUACAAUCUUGGUUGAUUCUGUGGUCUGCAACCUGUGGUCGUUUAGCUUAUUAAAUCAGGAGGAUUUAGAGUGGAUAGUUAUUGACGUUUACGCCGUUCCAUGCAAAGGUCUAAACUUUCGAAAAAUAAACUUUGUGCCCAGCAACCUGUGGUCUUUUAGUUUCGUGCAGUAUUGACCCCAUUAGACCGUACUCUUAGUAGCUGUUAAUUCACCGAAAGUCUCGGGUGUCUGUUUUAUGUUUGUAUAGUAUAAUGCUUACACGGAAUAUAUCUAGUCCAGUGCUUAUACCGACGUACUAUAUAUAAAUAAUCUGUGAUCAAACGAUAAGAAAACGAAUUAUUUUACGGACAAUUUUGUCCGACUUUCUGUUUUAGGUUUUUGGCUUUUCGUUCGUAAAUUUCAGACUCCAGGUAUAUCGAAGAAUAUUUCCACGAAAAGAUGAUGCAGAAUUUCCGCUCGGUUGUACUGUAUUUGAAAAUAAUGUCUAGAUUUCCGAAACUUUUUCAUACAAAUUAAAAUGGUCACAAAUGCAGAUGAUGCAUCGGUUUUAUAUUAGCCGAUUUCCGUGUUACCUUUGUAAAACAACAAGAAAAAAAAUACGACUAAUCUUGUGUUACCUGUUUACUAAGCUCCACUCAGAAUUGUUUUUCGAUUGCAAUGAUUUAUUGUUGUUAUCAGUAAUAUAUAAAUUAAAUAAUACUGUACUCUAAAUAUCCUAUACCUACUACCCAAGCAAUGUUAUAGCAAUGUUAUAGGCUUUCCGCCUAUAACAUUGCUAAAAUAUACCUGCUUUUAUUUUUUUACACUUUUUAGUUUAAUGCUUAUUGUCAAAAAUGGUUUCAGAGAGGGGCACAGGCGUAUGUUCAUCUGGGCAUGUCCUGUCCAAAACUCGACUUUCACCAAUUUACACCAAUAAAUUUUAGUAAUUUUAAAAAUAAUUUAGCAAUGACUUUUUAAUAAUAGUGGAAACUUACAGAAAAUUAUUUAAAAAUUCAUCACAAAACACAAAUCAUUAUUUUUUUAAAUUUCUAAAUUUGCUUUUUAUAAACUCAUAUAUGGAGUUAUUUCACCAGAUCUAUAUAAAAGUAUACGUUUUUCAUUAUAUUUGUGUUUUUCCUUAUUUUUUUUGUUUUGUUUUUAUUUUUCUUUGAGAAUUUUAACACUAACAAUUCGUAUAAAAUAAUAAUGUGGGGUGUGCAUUUUUAAAUAAUUUUCUAUGUGUUUUAUCUAUUGUUAUUAAUGAUUACUAACUCAAUUUUAAAGUUACUAAAAAAAUUUCGAGCGAAACAGGUACUGCCCGUACUUCUCUCUCUUUUUCAACAACGUGUAUUCAAUAUUCGUAUAUUUUUAAUACAUUGAUCUUUUUUGUGUGUACAUAUUUAUGUACUAGUAUAUUGUUUUAUUUUAAUGUACUUCUUCCUCACCGUGUGAAAAGUAAUCUAAUCCACCAUUUUUUUGGUAGGUACUUAUUUUUUAUUAAUUAUUAUUAUUUUUUUCAACAAUGAAAAUUUAAAUACACGUUAUAAAAGUCAGUACACAUAUUUAUUAUACUCGCAAUUUCCGGGGUACACAUCUCUUUGUGUCGGAUUACGCACUAUUUUUAGGCUUUGGACAGUGCAUUAUUGGCCAAACCAAACGUAACCUAACCACGAAGUAACGUCCGGCAUUUUUUUCAGUUAGACUUUUUGGUCUCACGAAUUUUUUUGAAGACCAUAAUAUUAUCUAUUAUAUUUAAAUGCGCGUGAAUGUAUUGGAGUAGGGCAAUUUGUUUCGGUCUCCGACGGCAAAGAGACUGCCAUGAAAUCGACGAGCCUAACUUUUUUUUUAAACAUUAGUCAUCAUAUUCCAAUGACGUGUCCAGGAAUUUUUCGUGGGAGAGGAUGUAGCAAAUAUUAAUCAUACAUAAUUUGUAGAACCUUUUUAUAAACUCAGCUGGUCAACGAUGGGAAUUCCGGAUCAAAAAAAAAAAAAACACGAUUUGUAAUCAAUAAAUCAAACAUUUCCUUGUAAUUUGCCCGAAAUAUAAUAUAAUAUAUAUAUUAGACAUGUCAAGAUUAUAUUGUUAAACAAAUAUUCUUCGUUAUUGGGAGGAGAUAUGACUCCUGAUCUCCGUGCCUCCACACAAGCCACUGCUCGAUCAUAUAACUUUACUAUAUAAUUAUAUUAUAUUAUAUAUUUUUUCUAUAUAAUAAUAUAGUAGUUGGGCGUUUAUAAUAAAACGUAUUUUUUAACGUAUUUUUUUUUUUACAUAUAUAUAUCGUCGUCGACUCGCACGUCCGUCGCGGAUUUUCACGCGCGAUUUCCUACGAUAUUUAUGCGUGCGAUCGCGUAUUAUAUAAUCGUAUAUACCGUAUAGCUUGUUAACUGUGACAAAAAUGUAUACAUUUACAUAGCCAGUGUAGUGUAUGUACUCUCUGUACUGUCGCGCAUUUACACGCAUAAUAUAAUAAUGUACAGACGAAGAGUUCCGACCUUUUUAUUAUUAUUAUUUUUUUUUUUCAUUUCAUUCAGAGACCUCGCGUUCCCACCAAAUUCUGCGGUGCACACAGGGGGACCGUCGUCGAUGUCGCGCGCGCAUCAUCGUAAAAAGUUACAUUGCGUAUUAUUAUUAUUGUAAAAGACCGGACGACUAUAUUAUUAUUAUUAUUUCAGUUUGCACACCGACCUUAUACAGCGUAGUGUGCAGGUCUCGUUUCUAUACGUAUAAAAGUUUCUAUACUCACGUACAGUUAAAAAAAAAAAAAAACUGCUGCAACAAUAUAAACCCGAUGCUAUAGUAUAACUGCGCACCAGCUCUAUAAUAUCAAUAAUAAUGCGUAAAGUGUUACUAUUAACGUGUUUAGUAAAAUAAAAACGUUCAGCCAUUAUCGGUGAGAUUUGCAUGCGAUAUUUAAAACAUAUUUUAUACCGACUAACACGAAUAUAAUAUUAUAGUCUUGGAAAAAAUGCAUGAACAAUAUAAUUAGCGUGAUUUAAUGAAUGUAAUAUUAUGAACAAGGGCGGAUUGGGAACCAAAUUCAAGCAGGGAAAUUGAAAUUUAUCCAGGCCAAACUACUCGAUAUUCUGUUCCCAACCACUUAUAAAAUAUCAAAAAAAUUGUUCUAGUUACGCUCGACUAUAACAUUCAAAUUAUUUUUUCAGGGCUUACAAAUUAAUUUUUAAAAUAUAACAUAUUAUAUUCACAACAAAAGAUUUAAUUUCUUUAAAGAAUCAGUUGAUAGUCAAUUUUUAAAUGUAUCAGUAAAAAAUAUUCAAAAAAUGCAAAUUAACUGUGAUCAUUUGAAAAAUUCUCAUUUCCAGACCAACGAUUUCGUUUCUGAUUAUAAAAUAUAUUCUCAUUUCAACUAUUUCAGUACACUUUUUUGAUUUAUAAAUUCGCCUUUUUUUACAUCCAUGUCUCAGAUACGUGGUAUUUCUAAUAUGCUGCUUUUACCAUUUUUUUUUUUUUUUUUAUCAUUUUUAUCGACACUGCGUAUCACGCCACGAUUUCGUCCGUUAACGAACAAAAUUCGGUGAGUGGCGGCAAAUUUUAUAGUUUUGACCCGAUAUAAAUACCUAUUAUAGUUACUGUUUGGGCCGCUUCAAAUUAUAACUGACAUGUUUAUACUUCUCAGUCCGACACUGAGCCACACCUAUUUCUAUUGCGAGGUUUCUAUAUAUAAAUAAUUUAUUAAAUUAAAUUGCCAUUUAUUCCAAGGUCCACGGCCCUUAUCAUUUACUUUUAUACUGCAAUAACUGUUAGAAUUCGCAUGUUCCUCGACAACCCAGAAUCUAGAUUAUCAAUCAGAUGAACAAUCCGAUGGAUUUCGAUGUUCCUCAUCAAAUUCAUUCAAUCCGCUUACUAAUCGGAUUGCUUAUCGGUGCAUCGAACCAUCGACCCAACAGACGAUGGAAAUGUGUUAUCAUAAUAUUAUGUUGUGUUAUCACCAUUUAGCCAUACCGUUUUUUUGCCGUUUAAAAUUGAUUGCUCAUGCUCAUUGUUUCGUGUUUAUUUUAUUAUUUUAUUUCAAUAAUAAUAACAACAAAUACUUUUUAAAUUUAUUUUUGUUAUUGUUCUUCAUGUAUAAUUGUAAUAAACUUAACACAACUUUACACGAAAAACCACUCAUAUAUUAUAAUUAUAAUUGCAUUAAUAUAACAUAUUUAAAAUGUAUAAUAUCAUCAAAAAAUUAUUUUGAUAUUUUAAAAUAGCGUGAUAGAGCAUUCUGCGUUUUAAUAUAAAUCGGUAUUUUUUGACUUUCAAUCAGAAUACGUACAAUCCGGUGUUUAAUCUGAUUGAUAAUCGAGGUUAUCGAGGGACAUGCGUAUCGUAAAGCAAUCUAAGUAUUUAGCCCCCGUGUAAACCGAUAUUAUUACUACGGGUUCACCGCAGAUAUAACAGUUAUCCUUAUCACACUGUAAAAGUAAAUAUUAUAACGACGAUAAGGCCUCGAAUUAAAUAUAGUAGAUUCUGACUUAAGGUCUUAUCAGCAGUUAGUAUAAUCUAGUUUUUUUAUAUUAGGCAAUAUAUUAGGUGUGCUUUGGCGAUUAACCUGGUUAUAUUUAUUAUCAGUUAUGUUUAUAUGAUUUUGAUUAAUGGUUAUAGAAUUGCGAAAACGAAAUGUUUAUGGUUAUUACAAAUAAUACUAAUUGAUAAUGGAAAAAGUUCCGGCUAGAUAAUAUCUAAUCAUCAUUACUCUAUCAAUAACCAAACAUCAUGGCCAUUCGUUUCGUUCGCAGGUUAUAAUAUUUCAGUAACUUAUAAUAACCAAAGUAAUAAUCAAAAUCGCAAAAACGACUUGUUUAUAAAAUACACGCCUGGUGUGUAUAAAUUAUAGAUCAGCUGUGAACGAAAAUCGCGAAAAUUCGUUCAAUACUAAUGUCAAACACGUCUGUAGGACGCGAGAUCGCCAUUUUAUAACGCGUUCGUCACGCGAAAAAUCGUUGGCACCAUAUAGUUUACCCCUUUUUUUUUGGACCGUGCGCGCGCCCUUUUAUGUAUUGUAAUAAAUUCGGUAAAUUAUUAUUACAUAUUAUAACUAUGUACCCCGUCCGCCUCGUUCUAUUGUCCACCGUAGGCGGCGGCGGGUCCGAACGCUUCUGUUUUCCCGUAGGCGCAUUGUUGUUUGCGGUACUUGCGCGACGAGACCGUGCCGUGGCGGCGCCCCCACAAAACGUGCGUGGGUGUACCGUGCCGCCGACCGGUUGGGCUCGAGCCGGACGGACGUUCGCGUGGGGCCGGCCGCGUACGCCGCCGGACCGCGGGGCGGCGGCGAGCGUGGUGUGAUAUUUUCGGCGCGGGGGCGAGAGAACGUGCCCGGACGGCCGCGUGCACGAUGGUGUACAGUAUGUGGGGGAGUACGUACGGCGCACAAUGUAUGAUUGUUGUUCGUACACGGGGCGCGGGCAGUCCCGGGAACAGACAAAUGCGUCUCCCCUGCCGUAUGUAUACCUAUAGUCCGGCGUACGCCGCGCGUGUGUAGUAUUAUUGCAGGGGCGCGGGACAUUUGCGGGGGAGGACAUUGUACACGAGUAUACGGGAAGCCCGGAAGUAAAUAUUAUCAUAUUAAUAAUCGCACGCGAUAAACUGGUAUUUUGGCUUUUGGAAACCGAUUGUCGGACGCCGCCGCAUCACAAAAGACACACACUUGCGGGCAACCGUGUGCGGAUUUGACGCAUGCUCGAUUGCAGAUAAAAUAUGCAUGGGGGGGUUACGGUUUUUUUUUUUUUUUAAUUCACCAAGCCCCGUUCUCAGCAACAUAAACGUUGAUUUUUAAACGGAGUUUUUAUCAUGAUAAUUGACCAAUCGUGGUCGGGUAUCGGCCAUAGACUCGGUUUAAAAUUCAGAUUAACGAUAGCUCGUAUGUUUGUGAGAACGGCUCUAAAAUUAUUUGAUUUCAGAGUUUUAUCUUGUCUUAGAAAAAAAAAAUUAUUUUCGCAACAGUAAAAAGGACCAGAGAAAUAAUAAUUUUUAAAAGUCACCAAGUAUUCUAGUUAAUUGAUUGCUAAGCGAAUUAACUUUUAAACAUCAAUGCCGAUGGUGAUAUACAUUUGAUAAUUUAACUAUUAAAGUUUAAACACUCGAUUAUAUAUAUAUAUAUAUAUGUAUAAUAUAAAAAACAUCCAAUAUAAACGUCAAAAUUUCGUGUAUUAUAGAAAAUGAGUAAUAAAAGAACGUACUAUAUAGAAUGACAAGUUGAUAAAUGGUCGCCCUUUCGUGCAGUGUUCACUCGCAAAAGUUCUCCAUAGCAUUUUACUGAAGUAAAACAUAUUCAGUAUAAUGUACCUACCUACGUUUUAAAAACCGACAUCGAAAAUUCGUAUAUAUGUCUGAGGUAAUUUACGAUUUAACCGAAAUAUUAUUAUGUUAUAUAGGCAGACUUUUCGCGUUUUUAGUUAUAUAUAUAUAUAUUUGUUUGAUUUAUAAUUAUCAAUUCUUUUCCUCUCUUUACUCGAUAUAUAACCCGAUGAUAUUAUCCUAUAAAUAAAUAUAUAUAUAUAUAUAUAUAAUUGUAUCAAAUUACACGAAAUAAUCCAAUUUAUAACUUUUAUAUAUUGUAGAAAAAUAGGUGUACCUAAAAUACUUCUAACCCUCCACAGGCAAGGCUAUAGCCUAACGAAACAAACAAGGAUCGUCAUAGGUAACCGAAUUUUAUUUUAUUCCCUUUUAUUAUUAUAUAAUAUGAUUUCCGAAAUUGCAUUUGCGAAAAAAACUUGGUCUUAUAUAAAUAUAUCUUUGGUUCCCGGGAAGGAGGGCUAAAGUCGAAUUUUGGUAUUUUUUUUUUCAAUUUUCUCUAAUGUAAUUUUUUCCCUUUUAUUUUUCGGUCUAGAUUGCAAGAUUGUAUGCAGUUUUAAAAUUAGCAUAAUAAUUCACGUACAUGACUUAGUGUAUGUAAUAUGCAUUACCAAAAUUUAAUUUGCUCUUAUUGAAAACAGGGCUGAAAACUAUAUAUAAUGGACUUCAUAUACUUUGAACCAAAGUAAAUGUGUGGAGUGAAUUAAAGUGUCGAUAUAGUUAGGGUUGUUUUUUUAAGAAUUAUCGUCCUAUUAAUGGCUCAUAUAAUUUAAAUUCCAUUACGCUAUAUAUAUGUGUGUAUGUUAACACGUAGGCAUUCGUAUUUAUGAUUUUAAUAAUAUUUAUAUUCAACACUAACAAUAAUUAAUACUCGAGUACCUAUAAUAUUAUAACAGCUACAUAACUACCUAGUAUUAAUACAUCAUUAUAAAAUAACAAAUUUAUUGGUAGAUAAUAUAGGUAAUGUUAUUGCAACGAAUACCGCGGUUAUAUUAGGUUGCCUUCCAAAAUUCAGAGGUUUUCAAUCAAAAUGAUAAUAUAUAUUUCAAAACUCAAGUUGCCAAUAAAAUUUCUUUCGGAUACAACAAUAAAUUGUAUCGAUUGUGUUCUGAUGGAUAUUUCUUAUGCUCGUGACACGAUACCUAAUAUAUCAUAUUUGAUACCAAAAGAAUAACACUGCAAUUAAAAUAUCAUGUUCCAUUCGCAAUCAGAUCUAGAUAUUUAAGUACACAACAGAUUUUAAAUAAAUCUAUCGUUUAGUCGAAUUUUAGAAGGUACGGUUAUUUACUACUUUUUUUUUUUUAUUCAUAAUUAAAAUUAUAUUUAAUAGCAUCUAAAUAAUUAUGACCCUAACUGUCCUAACUAUAUAUUAUAAUAUUAUUAUAACUAAACCAACUUUAGCACCGACUAUAUUAGGUAUUAAUAUUUAUUUUUUAAUAAAUCAAGUAUUUUUUUUUUUUUCGGCAAUGCCAUUUCGACUGCACAUGCACGUUGUAAAAUAAUGAAGAAAAAAAUUACACAAAAACGCAAUGCUACUUGUAAUAAUUUAUAGUUAUUUAUAAUAUGAUAUUUCCACACUUCUACAGCAUAUUUUCGUGUUACAUUUACAUUACAAUAUAAUAAAUUAUCGCAUUUGCAUAAAUAUGAUUGAAUUCUUUCGUUUCUAUUAGUAAACAUAUCCGACAUUAAUUCACAACUCAAACACAGUUUGAUGAGCAUUUUUAUUGAAUUAGCAAACUAUAAAAUGAGCCUUGUAGGUAUUUUAACGUGUAUAACAAUUGAAAUUCGAUAUUUUACAUUUAUAUAUAAUUUAAUAAAAGGUAAUGGAACAAUUUUUAUUGAAAUUGUACUAAAUCGAAUUCUAAAGUGAAACCGCCUCUCAUUUUCGGACAUUAUCCCGUAUUAACGUCCAGUAUUCAGCAGUCGUUUUGACCGAACACCAUUUUUUGUAUAUAUAUAUGUUUAUUAUUAUUAGUGUUUUACAUAAUUAUUUCGAUAGUAAAUCGAAAUAUUAAACGAUAAUCUCAUUUGCAGAGGUUUAAGAUUUCCAUUAAUCGUAUGAAACGUUGUAUGUACUUAUACAUCUAUUCGGUACGUGAGGUUUUUUUUAUUUUGUACAUCAUUAACAUCGAUAUGAAGGAAUACAAUAUUAACAACUUGUUUAAUAUUAUUAUUAUAUAGGUAGGUACUUCGAACAACACCGAUAAAAAAAACUUAUCAUAUCGUUCCAUAUAUUAAAUAGCUAUUUGCUCGCAUUUUUAAUCGUUAUUCUGAUAAUAUUUGUAUAAGUAUUAUAGGGCGUGUGAUAUAAUAUUUGAUAAAAUAUCCAAUAUAAUUAUAUUAUAUUAUUGAAUUUCCUUGCUGUUAUUUAAUUAAAAUAAAAAAAAGCUAAUACGUGUCCAAAAUGCGAUGGUGUACCGACGGAAGUUACCUGCAACAGUAAUAUAACUGGACAUGCUCUCAAGGUGGUAGGGGGAAUAGAUUUAUAUCCGUAUUAAGAAAAAAAAGGUAGAGUGGAUAAUUAAGUUAACCGCGUGUGCUCUUGACAUUCUUCUGUACGCCAUUGAGUUCCAAAUAUUAUUAUAGAACGUAAACAAUGAAAAAUAGUACGUAGAAUAAUAUAUUUGCUCCCGGAUAUUGCUAGUUGACAGCAAAUUGAUAAGGGGCUAAACACAAUAUUUCACUGUUGCCAAUAGUUUCUUUUCGAAGUAUUAUAUUAUUUCAUAUUAUGGUUUUUGCGUGCAUAAUUGCUCCAUUGCGUGCCUUUUUUAAAUUUUAAAUGUGACCUACACGACGUGGAAUUUCCUACGACUUAAGGUUUUAUGUUUUUACUUAGAACACUGUAACUUCCCUGGAGCAGUAAUAUUAGGUUUGGACGUGGUGGAUUUAUUUUCGUCGUUUAUGUUGCUACAGGCCUUCAAAGCAAAAAAUGUGUCUGUUAGCCUUUUGCCUUUUGACACUAGUCAUUUAAAUUUAUAUACCUAUAUAAGGUCUUUUUCUAUCGUCUACCUUUACAUCAUUGGUCACGUCCUUGGCUUAAGUCCCCCAAACAUGACUAGUACAUUUACAAUUAAGGUAAACAUAUUUACCUCAAGAUACUUUUUAUAAUGUUUGAUUUAUGGAAUAUAGUUUUCUAAUUUCGUAUUUUUCCUUCUUUCAUAAUAUACUCUAUUUCGUAUUCGUGUAAGUCUGUGUAUUUUCCGUAAAACUUUUCUUUAUCCCCUUGUACCAUAUUAUAAUACUGGCGGGAGUAACAAAUGUACAGUUUUUUCUUUUGUAGUUUUUGACAUUUUGACCUCAAAUUAGGAACUUUGAGUAUUCCUAUGAGCAAGAACAUUAGAUAGUUUUUAAUAUCUAAGAGCUAAUACUAAUGAUGAGAAUAUAUAAUAACGCGUAUGACUGGUUACAAAAUAAUAUGGAUUUGUGCUGUGAACCGAGUAUAUACUUUUCUACGGGGGAUAAAAAAUGCUUGAUAAUAUACGAUGAUAAAAAUGCAUCAGGCGAUGUUGUGCAGCGCGUGUAUAUAAUAUAAUAAUAUACCGAUUUUAGAAUAAUAAUUAUAAUAAAAAAAAUCGUAUUCAUUCGGAUUCGCCAUUUUCUAAACAGGUAUAUACCUAAGCGUAUAAUAUAUGUAUAUGUGUGCGGCGGCGCAUAAUACAAUAAUAUAUUAUAAUGUAAUGCUAUAUGUACGGCACGGUGGAAAUGCGCGCAGUAAAAAAAAAAAAUCAUCAAUUAUUAUAGUCUGUAUUCGCGCACACUCAAAAUGGCGAACGGAACGGAUUUCAUUACCCCCUGAUUAUAUAUAUAUAUAUAGCAUUUUUUUGCCCUUUUUUUUUUGCUCCCCGAGUAUAUCCGUCAGGAUGGUUAUGAGUCGUGCGUUAUUAUUAUUAUCGUACGAGUGCGCUUUGAUAUAUACGCGCGCUUUGAGUAUAUUUGAUACGAGGGUUGAUAUAUAUUAUUUAUAUCGUACGAUAUAUUCCUACGAGCAGGCUGCUGCGGGGACGCUAUCGUUAGAGAUGAUAAACGACUCGAAAAAAAAAUAAAUAUACCUAAUAGUAUUUUUUUUUAAUUUUGAUUUUGCAGUAUAGACCGUUAUUUCUAUCGACACGUCAAACGUUAGGUUAUAUAGUAUUUUAUAUAUUUUUUUAAUCACACGUGAAAUAUAAUAUUUACGUGUAAAUAUUCGUAUAUACAUAAUAUACACAAAUAUUGUUGUAAUUAUCAAUAUUUGUAACUAUACUGAAAAAGGGGAAAAACCGUGCGAGUGUAUUUGACGUGUACACGAGACCGAUAGAAGAGCGAAUGUAUAAUAUAUUGCAUAUGAUUGUACAUUUUUUUAUACAUUUUAUUUACAUCAGUGGCCGUUAUUUGCAGUAUUUUUUUUCUCUAACAAUAUAUAGACUUAAAGGAUGGUUUUUUUUUAUAUGCUCAUAUUAUUUAUUCAAUGGCUUUUCUGAUUUAAAACAAUGUGACGAACGUAUCGGUUUUGGUACUCCUACCAUAUGAUGUAAUCAUCUAUGAAACUAUGAUCAUAGUGUGAUAUCACUAUAUCAAAUAGUGUGAUUAGCACUUUUUAUUUAAAAUUUUCUAAAUAUUCUGGUAGUUUUUUAAUCAUUUAUCAUUUAUAUAUCUAUAUUUGUCAUUUGAAAUUUUUGGCGGUUUAAUGUAGAUAAAAUUGUUGUUGUUUAUUUUUAUCGGCGUUUAAAGAACAAAUUAAUGUUAAAACUUCGUUAAAAACACGAAAAAUUGUGUAGUUAAUAGUUUUAUACUUCAAUUUAAAUUGAUCAAAAAACGUUUAAUCAAACUCCGCUUGGCAAUAGCUUAACUGACUACAAAUAGUAGUCAGUGACUGUACAAAAUAAAUAAUUGUAUAAUAAAAGUACAAAUGUUAUUUGAACUUAUAAUUGAGUAUUUGAGUAAAUAGUUAUUAUAGUGUAAGCGUGCAACAUAAUUAUUAUGUUUUAUUCGAAGGUAAUACGUUUUAAACGCUGAAUACUAUUCAGUGUGGAAACUAAAUUUAGUUUAUUUUUUAACACGGCCAAUAGGGUUAAAUUCUGCAUGAUAAAUAUGCGCCACUGCCGGUCGAAAUUGUUUUUUUUUUAAAUUUUUUAAACAUAAAAAAAUUCCAGAAAAUUCGAUUUAUAUAGUAUUAAAAUAAUAAUAAUAAUAAUAAUAAAUUAUAACCCGAUUAUAAUCUAAAUGGCUUCAGAGGUAAAUGAAUACUGUUUUAUUUUAACCAUAUACAUAUGUAUAGAUACGGUCGUAUAUCUAUAUUAUACAAACUACGUAUGACGAAUAUUCAUUAAAAUACUCGACUCGUGCGUCAUUCCAUUUUUAGUAAAGUAAAUAUAUAUAUAUAUAUAUAUAUAGUAUAAUAACUAAUAGAACAAACGUGUAUUGAGUAUACCUAUUAUGGAAGGAAACAUUUAAACAUUUUUUUUUUACAGAUCAAUCAUUACCAAUGUAAAUCCUAUAAAUUAGAAUAAUAAUAUCUUUGUAUUUAUUGUAUAUAAAAACUUAUAUACGUAUUACUAACCUAACUCAACGAAAUAUAUAUUAGUAUUUUACAAUAUUCGGUUUUUGUUUUAUAUUUUUACAUAGAUAUAUACAUUUUGCAGAAUAUCGAUUUUUUUUCUUAUUAGAUAAUUAUAUAAUAUUAAUUUUAUUCUUAUAUUUCUUUCUCGAUUUGACCGUUUUAAAAAUAAAUAUGAUUAAGCUUUUGAGUUAUAUAAUCAAUAGUAAGUGUUUAGGCAUAGAGAAGAAGGAGUUUAAGUAAAUUUUAAAUAGUUUUCAAUAACAAAAAAAAUUAAAUUUUAAAAAUGCAUAAACUAAUACAUUAACUUUGAAAUUAUUGAAAUUUGGACUAAAUAAUUAAGUUAAAUAAAUUGCAUUUACGUAAAAUUAUGUAUAUAAAUUGUAUUAUUAAUCCUUAUGAUUAUUUCACAGGGGGUAAAAGCAACAAUUUAAAGUGUAUGUCGAUUACGAAUUUCUAAUAAAUACAUUUUUUAUUUUAUUAAACAUUAUAAUUGCUCUUUAGUAUAAUUCACCCCCUAACGCGAGUAUAUUUUCUUAUAAUAAUAUAAUAUGUAUAGUGUAUAGAACAAUCGAACUACGCAACGUAGUAAUAUUAUUAUUUCUUUAUAUAAUAUAAAAUUAAAAAGUCAUUGAAAUCGGAAUAAAAUAAAAUAUUAUAUUAUAUAUAAUAAUAAACAAGUAAAUCGAGUCUUUUAUAUUUUUUCGAGUGUAUUAAUAAAACGUUGGAAAAGAGUUUAUUAAACCAAAUUAUUCAUUUUCGUAAAAAUCGGUGUUUUGACAUCAUAGUGUAUUAUAAAAUAGCACGCUAGAAGUACUUAAGUGUAUACUGCUGCAGCUGUCAAAAAAAAAAAAAAAAAAAAAACAUUUUUUUUCGUUUUAUGUUGUAUAGCGAAAACAUAUUUUUUGUACAUACCUGUAAAAUAUAAUAGUAAUUUUCUAAAAACAUGGUUUUUCUAUAACCGUUUUUUAUUUUGAAUGUUUUUUAAAAUUAUUAUUUGACAGAUUGUAAUUUUUCGUAUAUACUUCUAUAAUUGAUACAAUAUAUUUCGUGUUCGCCGAUGGUCGUUGACGAUAGUGUGCCGCUGUAGUUCAGGGCUCGUUGCAAUUUAACUACCGGAAACAGAUGGCAUUCCUAUAAUAUAAUAUAAUAAUAACUAAUACGUAUGAUAUUUCGUCCAAAAAAUGUUUAAACCUGGAGCGCCUCUUUCAAAAUACGUAUUUUAUCUAUAUAUUUGUUUUAAAUGUGUAUAUAUUUAUAUUACAAGUACACUAUUUUCUUCCUCAAAGGACCCUAUGCUGGUGUCACAGGCAUAAGAGUUAUUCUUUUUUUCAUCCCUUCCGAUUGUUACUAAACUUGGUGAGAGAUAGUGGUCUUGAGGUGACCUAGAGACUAUUUCCAAAAUUUGGUUGUGAUGAGAUGAAAUUUAGGCUAAGUUCUUUAGAAGAGAUUUUAUAUUAUCAAAUUAUGGAGAGAACUUGUGUGGGGUGUCAAAUUAUUUAGCGUUGAAACCAUUUUCUUAUCAUCAAAUCCUACCGAGAUAUACUUAAUCAAAAAAUCAAAAGUGGGAGGGAGUAAUUUUAAUUGUACACCCAAUGUACUUAUAUUAUUAACGGGUACGUUAAACAACUAUCGAGCUAUGGUGCUUAAAUGCUCUAGGAAUUUUAUACCUCCUUAGAAGGUAUAGUAAAUUUGGGGGGAGGUUAUAUAAAUACAAGAAUUAUUCAACUAUGAUACCGAGGAGUACGAUAAUGCUAUGAUAAUAUUACUAACGACAAACGGAUUCAGGGAGUAUAUAAUAUAUCCUGAAUUAUGCUACCAGCCGGGUAUGAUAAUCCUAGAAUAAUCGUACUCGGGGAUAUGGUUAUUCUGGGGGUAUAAUUUGCCUGUUGCACCGAUUUUCCAAAUUUUGUAAAAUAUAAAAAUUGUCGUUUUCAUCGAAAUAUGUUCCCUCUGUUCCUCUGCAAUUCUCUGGUAGAGUUUAGGUCAAAGGGAUGAGUUGUUAUUGGCAUAAUAUUACAAGACAUUUGUGGACAUGACACACGAUGUCUCGUCGGAAUGCCUCAUUUUCUUGAAUAAUCUUCGUAGGUUCGAAAUAAAAGAAUGAUUCUGUAUACAGCAAAAAGGAUAUGUAAAUGGCUAAAACGCACGGCGUAUUCAAAAUUAUCUAUACAAGAAAAUUUAUCUGAUUUCAAUACAAAUUAUGCAAUUAUAUAUUGAAUUACGUAGAAUUCGUAAAAAGUCUUAGAUUUCGAUGGGGGAGGGGUUAUGACUCCCAACCGAUCAUGUGUAUAUUAUUGUAUUCAUAAAUUUCCAAAAUUAUUAAUAUUAAAAAUAGGUAACUUAUACUUGGGUGCGCCAGCAGUUAUUCGAAUAAGAAUUAUGUUUUAUACCUUGCCGGUGAAAUUGCCCAAUCCAUGAAAUUAAGUUAUAUUUAUACUUUUUGUUAAUUUUGUGCUGUUCAUUUUAACAUUAGUGUAUUUGCUUAUAAACAAAUCUAAAGGUAAGAACAUUGUCUAUAUCUGUGCGUUGUUUUUUUUCGAUAUUUUAAUUUUCAAGUUAGUUUCGAAUAUGUGAAAUAUGACAAUUUAAAGAUUAUCGCGUAUCUUGUUAAAAAUUAAAAUAUCUUAACAAAACCAAAAAAAUUGCGUUGCUGCCACCACAUGAAUGAUGUUAACUAUUCUCACCUUGUAUAAUAUUUUAUGUAUUAUCUACGUACGAUAUCUCCGUAUAAUAUUAUUUAUCGUGAUUUCCACAAUUUGCUUAAUAAAAGACACCUAGCUACAUAUAUUAUUACAAAUAUUGUUGUUAUACAUAAUUAUUGUACAAUUUCUUCUUUUCACAGUGUGUGUAUUAUAAUUAUGUACGUGAGUUGGUUAUAGACUCGAUAUGGCUUAUAGAAACCAUUUGCAUUUUUAUGUAUUCACUGCGAGUAUGAGAUUUUUAAAAAAAAAUUUGUUGCUCGGUGAAAAAAAAACUCGCGUUAUAUAUUUUGUAUACUCGUGUAUAUGUAUAUAUAUAUAUAAGUAUAUAAAUUGGAAGUUUGGAAGGUAUAAAUGUACCUAUAUGAAUAAUUUAGUUUAUAAUUAUUUACUGAAAAUAUCAAUAAAUUAGUGGAAUCUAAAACCGAUUCUAAGCAGAGCGAUUAGAUAAUAAUGUAGUUGACGUGUUUUUCCGCCUGUGUAGCCAAGGUAACCCUGCAGAAAUCAACGAAAACAAAACCAAUGUAUCAACAUUUUCUGUCGGAAUUAUAAAUUUUUAAGAAAACAUGUUGGUAUCUAUGUAAUGUAAAAAUAAUUUUUACUAAAUAAAAGACCACCCGGUCUAAAGAUUCGCUUCAUUAAUAUAGUAUAAGGCACGAACAAAUUUGGGUAUUUUUACCAGCCGAUAAAGUAUUUCGAAGAAAAAAAACAUCUUUACUAUACAUAAUAACUUCUUCACUAUAUAUACGUUGAGAAUCGAAAAAUGUCUCCUAUUAUGUUUUGGGUCGUCUGUUGGUGGUUUGUAACGAUUGCAACGUUUAUAUCGAACCAAGCAUGUAGUUACAAAACAAUUUUCAAAACGUUUUGUUAGUCUAUCCCUCUAUACAUUUUGAAACGGAGCAGUUCGAUGUGUAUCAAAUAUUAUUCGUUUUUUUUUUUUUUUUGUACUAUUGACUAUCACCAAAUGGAAACAACCUUCUCCUCCGAUAAUAAAAAAAUAUCUAUAAUAGGUCUUAAAAGAAGUGGUUUUUAUAUAAAACUCGUGUGUGUUCUUUGAAUCGUUCCGCCUCAGGUAUACAAUAUAGUAAAGUCCGAAAAUUCUGAUCUACAGAAAACGAAAAACGUUACUAAAGGUAUAACGUUUACCAUUUGUCGUUUUAGAUCGGCAAAUAGAAAUUCUUUUUUUUCAUUUCUCGUUUUUCUUAGAUACCCGCAGUAAUACGCUGCAUCAUCGAUGUACUCUUUUAUCACUGCACCGGAUCCAUAAUGACCCGUUUUAUUUCGUGUGUGUUCAUUGUGUCGGAAGGAAGCAUAUAGUAUUCUAUAUAUUAUAUAAUGUACACAUACAUACAAAAUCACCUUCCCCUGCAGCAGAUUAAUAUAAUGGAAUAUUAUUUUUUUUUAUUAGUGUUUUUAUUUAUUUUUUUUAUAAUGCGUACAGGUAAAUCCCAGGAGAUGGCCGUUUGGGACCAUUCCAUAGAAUUUUCAUUGAAUUAUAUUAUACGUGUAUGUUUUACCGUUGGUGCAAAAAAAAUAAAAUCGUAUUAUUUAUAGUUUCUAAAUAUACUCGCCGCGUCCCUUCCGGUGGUACUUCGUAGCUCUGCAAGACAUUUUCUCACUCUCUCUAUUUUUUUUCUUCUUUUUUACUACAUAUAUAUCUACUUACGCGCCAAAAGAGCCGAUUUGUGCGUACCAAAAAAAAAAAUAAUUAUAAUAAUAAUAAUAAAUACAUUUUUGUUAUUUGUUUGUAUUGUUCAUCGUAUGUACGACGACGUCGUAAAGUAGUAUAGCCGCCGUUCUAUGCAAGAGAAAUUUCAGAGGGAAAGCGUCGUCUCCGGUGUAUUUUUUUUUUUUGCUAGAAACCAGUGUCGUAAAAAAAAAAAAUUACAACAUACGCGCGCGUGAGCUUGUGCUCUCUACGGAAGGUCAAAGAAAUGUCACGACGACCGCGACUGUAUACACGGAGAAAAGACCGUUUUAUAGACGGUUGCAUAAGUUAACUGCAUUUUUAUUAUUAUUAUUUUGCUUUUUGCAUUGCGCUGCAGAAAAAUAAGGUAUGCCAUAUAAGAAUCGCUAGAUCUCUAUUGGUAUUUGAAUUGUUAUUGGUUAUCUUUAUUGCUACUACAUAAUUGCCGCUCUUCAUAAUAUUAUUAUUUUCAUCAUAAUCGUCGAAAUUUGAUUAAUUACUAAGGACUCGGAAAUUUUUGCACUUGAAAAAUAUUAUAAAAACAAAACUGUAGAAGGGUUUACAUGUUUCCCUUCUAACGGCUUUAAUUUAUUAAGUAAAAUUUUCUAACGCUACAUAAAAUAUUAACCAAAAAUUAUUUUUUUUAUAAUACUUACAAUUUUGUUUAAACAAAAUAACUUUGGGUUAUUAAUACGUGUCGUGUUAGAAAAUUAUAUACAAUAAUUUAGAGUCAAUAAGUGCUUUCCUUAAAGUCUUUUUUGACGUUUUUAAGUGUGUUUUUUUGUAAAUUUUAAGCGCAUUAAGUCCCGAGUCCUAAUUAUUACAAUCGAUGGAAUAUUUAAUGAAAAUUUGUUUUUGUGGGUUAGUUCUUAAUAUGUUCCUAUAUUUAUUAAAUAGAACUCUUAUUAUCUGUUUUAAAUGACAAAAAUAAAGUUAAUUUGUACAAGGGCAAUUGCAGUGUGAUAAAUCCAAAAAUGAUGAGUGUGCUAAAUAAUAAUAAACUGAAUUUAAUAAGGAUAAUUAUACGUUUGACUUGGUAACUUUUAUAAUAGGUAGUAUAAUUCAUACAUUUGCAUUUAAGAAUUCGUCGUACAUUAUUAUAUGUUAGCUACCUAUUAAUUAUUUAAAAUGACUAAAUAUUAAAGAAAAUACUUAAUCACAGUAUUUCAAUUUUGUUGUAGAUACGUAAUGAGUACCUAAUGGUACCUUAGUAACAAAUUAAUACAUUUACCUUAAGAAGUAAUUAGCUCUAAUACUAUUAUUUAGCUCUUUGGUGUUGGUUUUAUAUUACUAGUCACAUGCAUUUUAGUAAUAAAGUACAAUUUAAUUAUGCAAUUAUGUUGUGAUUAGAAUGAUAAUCAAUCAGAAAAUCGUAUUUGGUUGCAGAGUCCAGCUAUUCCUAUAUCGCAUACGGUAAUAUUAUAUUUUAUAUAUAGACGAAAUUAUAGUCUUCUAUGCGCACGGAUCUAAAUAAGAAUAAUUAUUAUUAUUAGACUUAGGCACUUCCGAAUAGUUUUUACUGUAGAUAGUUUUCAAUAGUAGGAUGAAUUAUUUAAUGUUCUAUUCUAAUACUUUUUUUUUUCCACAACCGAAUAAUUAUUCGGAAAAACUAGCGAAUCUUAAAAAAAAACUAUAAGAAUAGUUUUUAAUUUGUUGAAUAGUUCUAUAGUAACUAUUAGAUUGUGUCCAUCAAUGAGGAACAAAUAGCCUAAAUACUCAUGUGUACUUGCAUGAUGAGGAUUUGAUUUGUGAUGGUAGUGGCUGCAUUUUUGUAUAUUGUACCCCUGAGAGUCCCCCCCUCAUCCCAUUUGUGCUAAUAAUUCUAAAGCUCGCAUAUCAUAUUAGAAUCCCGGGUAGAAAAAAAAAUAAGAUAUAUAUAUGUAUCUACUGGUAUAUAAAUCAAUACUACGGUUGUCAGUUUUUUAAAAUUCUGAGUAAAUGAAAGCAGUAAAUGAAAAAAUUUCAAAAAUGACUUCUACAUCAAAAUAUUUGUUAUUUUAAGGCGCAUAAAAAUCAACAGCAAAAAUAUCGUAAAUUAAUUUUAUAAUAAACAUGGUUAUACUUUUGUUUUGUUUAAAUAUAUUAAUGUAGUACCAGUAUUAAACAAACAGUGAGCAAAAAUGCAGUAACUGAUUAUAAUAUCACGGUAAUUUUUGCUUAAAUAUUGACUCACAUACAUUAUUUGUGUUUAGUAUUUAUAAUAUUUUUGCGUUUUAAAGUAUUUUUUGGUAUUUUACACGAGUUUCAUUGAAUUCUAUGGAAUAAGUUAUUUAAGAAUCAUAAAUUUAUUUUAAUAAAUUCAAUAAACAACACGGCAAGGCAAUUCAGAAAGUAAUUUUUUUUUAUCAAAAUGAUUACAAUAAUGUCACCUUCUGGACGAAAUAAGCUCAAUCUGAGAAUUUAAAGUUUUUGUUUUAUAGGUGCGUCGAAGUGAUAUAAAAGUUUGUUUUAAUUUCACCAUAUUGUUGUGCAGGAGGGUGUUAUUUUAACUUUUAAAACCCCUACAGACCCUCAAAUGAAGCCAAAGUGAUGAAAUCACAUAUAUACAUUAUAGCGUUAGUAUUAUUGAGAAACGUGCCUUUUGGGGUUUCGACUUUUAACUUCAAGCCAUACCAUUUUUAUGCUCAAACUUCACUUUUUUUUUAGGAAGUACUUAAUUAUUGUAUAGUUAAUACGUUGUUUUACAAAGAAUGUGUAUUAAUUAUACAUAUUAUACAAAAAUAAUUGAGGGAGGGGGAAAUUCGAUUCUAGUGACGGAGUUCUACUGCAGCCUGGGUGUGGUUUUUUUUUUAUUAAUGAUAUUUGAUUAAUUAAAUUAGUUGGUCUCUUUUUGUUUCUUUUACCGAAUAACGUUUUAUUAUUGUUUAUUUAUUAUUAUACUCGCGACCGGACGUUUUUUCGCUUUUUUUUUCUCUUUCGCUCUCCCCUCCAUUCUUUCAUAUUUUUUACGCUUGCGUGGUGGUACCGUCACAAUAAUAUUAUUGUAUGACAUAAUUGUAUUUUAUGUAAUAAUAAUAAUAAUAUUAUUAUUAUACAAAAGUGUGUAAUACGCUGCGGCGCAGAUUAUAUUCUCGUAUUAUAAUGGUACAAGACGUAUAAUAAUACGACGACGACUCGAAUUCCCCUUCGCCGCGCCUCAAACGAAAACGGUUCGACGUUGUCCCGUUCAAAGUAUAUAGUAGUAAUAAUAAUAAUAAUAUAUUAUACGGCGCGCGGCGCGGAUAAUGAAUGGCGUGAGUUUCGUAGUAGUAGAAAAAAAAAAUAAAAACUACAAAGGAUAAGGAUACGAAGAGAGGAAGAAGAAGAAGAAGAAGGAAAAAAAAUAAUAUGCGUUCGUGCGGCGGUGGCGGUGCGACGGCAGUCGUGGCCAACUAUUACUGCACACAUCGUCGCCGCCGACUCAGUUGGCCACACUGCGUUUCGAUAUAUUAUAUUAUACUUGCUGCACUCGGUAGGUUCGCGGACGAGUUUUGAGUAUUUUUUUUCUUUCCCGUUCCCUCUCUCUGUCUACCGCGGCCCGUCCGUCCGUCCGUAUCGUUGUUUUUGCGCCGUGCGCUCCGACCGACCGAAAAUCCAUCGCAUCACAAAAAUCGAAAAAAUUAAUAAUAUAAUUUACAAUUUUAGGUAUAAUUUAGUGUUAUACCUAUAGAUAAUUUAUACGUCACGUUACUUUUUUUUUUUUUUUAUAAUAAAUUGAUAUUUUUUGAUACCCGAUUUUUUAUUUUUCUCUCCGUCUAAGUACAUCUUUUUUUAUUUUUCCUAGACAAAACACAAUAUUUACGUCCGUACAAGAAUAAUUACAUCGCCGGUCGUAGUGUUUUUUUUUCUCGUAAUAUUAUUCGUCGUGUGUUUAAAAACCGCGUACGUAUGACAACCACAGUAAUUACAAAUAAACGCAUACUAUUGUAUUAUUAAAAGUACAGAUACUGUUAUUGUGAUUAGCGUUUUUGGACAGUUUAAAAUAUUUCUCGUGUUUUUCUUUAAUUUAUUCUGUUCGAAAUAAUUAUUAUCAACGACACCUAUUCACUCGUACUAAUAUACUCGCGUGUAAUUGCGUUUGAUAUUAAUUCAAUUUUUUCUUCCGUCGACUACUUGAAAGUGCGCCGAAGAUUAAUACAUCGCGUCGCGUGUCGUGUUCCGUAUUACGGGGUACGAUUUUUUCGCUAAACAAAUAGAAAAAAACCAUUCGUGAGUUUCUGUACUCGCACAACAGUGAGUAAAAAAAAAACCAAUCGAGUCUGCCCGCGCAGUGAGUGUAAAAUAAUAUCAUCGUCGCACCCGGCCAACAGUACGUACAUAAUAUUAUUGUUUUUUGUUAAAAAACACCUUUUAGCUUUUUAUAUUUUGUAUAUUAAUUGUUAACGAGCGGUGGCGGCGUAAACGCGUUUUUCACCGCCCAAAAGAAUAAUAAUUGCAAAAAAAAAAAAAAACAGUCGUUCAUUCCGCCACCGCUUUUUUUUUUUAAAAAUAUGUCUACGAAAUUUUAUGCACCGCCGGCGAUCACGCACAUACACGCCAAUAUUUGAUUGAUAUUAUUAUUAUUAUUUAAUAAAUUUUUAUUACGCGUCGUCGCCUCUGCGUAGUAGUAGUAUAACGUCCUCGUCGUUCUAUACAAUUUCUAAUGUUUUCUUUAUUAUUAUUAUUUUUUUUCAUAAUCGUUUAUAAUUCUCGUUCUCGCCCUACAGGCUAAUAUUAUAAGUGUAGGCUACGAGUAGGCACACAACGCACGCGACCAGUCACAUUUCCCACACGUGGCUUACGACGUCCGCCGCCGCCGCCGCCGAGACAUUCCGAUCGUCUCCGCACCCCUCGCGCUCACGCGCGCGCGCGCGUUCGCUCUCGUGUAUUGCGCGCAGGUGACUGAGAAAAUUGCCUGUAUGAUACCCCGCGUUUUUUUUUAUUUGGCCCCGUGCGGACGAGAUAGCGACGGUCGUACACGGACAUCGCUCUUGUACAUUCGUCAUUGAUAACUAAACGUAAUAAAAUAAUACGAAUAAUAAUAAAAUUGUCUGCGAUCCACUUGUAUAAUACACGUACACGUCUCGCUUGCGUGUAGGCGCGCACCGACUAACCCACGGGCGCGAGUAAUAACAAUAAUAACAUUACGGCGUGGACCGCCGUCGUCGUCGUCGUCGCCGCCGCCGCCGCCUCGCAUUCCUCGCGUGCGCAACGUGCGUGUGCGCGCGUAGAGGACGCUCGACGCCGUCAUAAGUGAAGGGCAAAAACUCGCGUCGUCGUCGUCUUCUUCGUCGACUGUCGCCGCGGAUUCCGACGAGUUGCGUGUGCGGCGUGCCGAGUAACGCGUGUCGUCGGCAUGUCCCGUUAAAGGGGUGUGAGAGGGGGAUCGGGGUAGCUUAGGAGGCGUUCAUAUCCGCCUUGGCGGUGACGCAGAAUCGAUAAUAAUAAUUAUUGCCUAUAUCGCACUCGAAAUAACGAUACGAUUCGAUGUUCCUAUGGGGGGGGGGAGAAGAUGGUCCCUCGAGAACCCUGUAAAGUUCGUUCGGAGUAAAACGAUUCUGGCAACGGUUUUUGCAAAAUCGAUUCGUAACGAUCAAAACUCGUGUUUAUCCGGGCAAAAUUCCGUAUCCAUUCCGUUUCCGCCGAACAAUAUGAUGUACCUAACCGGUCAAGUCGCGUGUACAGUAACAUUUCAAAAUAUUCCGAAUACCUACCCGAUGCCCCCAUUUUAUAACGAGCUUUAAAACGCCAAAUAAUCAUAAUAGCAACGGGAAAAUAACCCUCUUUAGAAACGAACUCAUAGGGUAAACAAUGCGAGUCGAUUACAAUAAUGUCGUGUACUUGUAUCUUACGUAGUGAAAACAUACGUACAUUAACUACUCUCGCUAUUAGCUAGCCUAAUGAGCUCAUAAUAUAGACAAUUUUACUUUGAAAUUGUAUUUUAUUAUUAUUUUUGUUGAUCAAAUUAUUAUUAUUCAACUAAUUAUUGUUGUUGUAGUGUAUUAUUACAUUACAGUCGUAAUAUUAUCAUAGGGUACGUUUUUCUACGGACUCGAUUCGAAUUAUUUAUUCGUUCGCCCUUUCGCGAUAUGUUUCACUUCUCGUAUAGCGAUUCGACAUUUUCCGUUCACACUCCUAACCAUGGGCGCAAACCAACUUUGGGGCUGUUAAAAUUAUAGACACGUUACAGACCCACGGGCAAUGUCUCAACAAACCCCUUUACACGACACCUAUAAUAAGCAAAUAACUACACGUUACAUUUACAAUUUUUUUUAUGAAAAUGUACCAUAACUUUUUGAUUUAAAUUUUUGUACACACACGCAUUGUCUGUGCAGGUAAUCUGCAUUUUGCUCUGCGUAACCUAAUUAGGUAUGAAAUACACGUGUAAAAUAUUUAGUUGACGCUGUAAAAAAGCUUAUUGGGUAUUUUUGUGGGUGCUGAACACCCACCCCCGUUGCACCCCUCCCCUCCCAUAAAUGCACUUCAAUGUUUCUAACUUUAAAUUCGGCGAUAACGGCCCACGCGUCGCCGAAUGCGCGAAAUUGUCGGUUCCGGGGAGAUGCGUGGCGUACGACACCAACAAGUACCGGCGGUAGAAUCGUACGACGACGACGUAACUAGGCGUAAAGUACGAGGAGUCGCGAUUACAGCAGGCAGUAUUCGUCGACGACCACAAUGUGUUAUACACCGGGGGAGGUCGAUGGAGGGUCAUUAAAUGAGUAUUAUCUUUCGCGGUCAAAUUAUAAUCGUUUCCUAACCUAACCUAACCUCAUACCUAAUCCUAAUCGAACGAUUCUUUGAAGGCUCCCCCCCACGAACCGUUGUACUCGCUUGCGAUGACUAUACCAUAGCAGUCAGGUACUUACUCAUACCGCCGCGGUGUGUAAAAUAUAAUUAUACGCGUGUUGUACUAGUGUACAGUUGGCAGUGUUUGUGAAUAACAUCAUUAUGUGUGUGUGUGUUCGAAUUUAGUUCGUAUCCCGGCCCAUCGCGUAUAGUUAUGACUCCGAACGAUAUGGACCAGAAUCAGCAACAGGCCAACCACGGCAAUACGCAAGACUACAACGGUUACGCGUAUGGUCAACAGAGCGCCGCUCAGUUCCAACAGAGACACGCGGCAGCCCUGCAGAGGUAAAAAAAAAAAAAAAAAAAUUCUAUUUUGUAGUUCUUUAGUAGUAUUGUAGACCGUUGGCGAGAGCUACCGUGGCGGCAAUGAACUAGCCCCGCGGGACGAACAUCGCCGCCGAUAGCUCUUUAAGGUUAGGUUUUUUUUUCCCGCCGAACGCGCGUGUACCGCCGUCAGUUAUUACUUUAUUUUGUAUGACAAUAUAUUACAUCGCGGAAUAUCUCGGUACCGUCAGACUCUUGAUGUUAAUGGUAUUAUAUAGGGUUAAGUCGUUUUUUUUUUUUUUUUUGGUAUAUCGCUCGCACGGUCAUCACGUGUGUGACGCGCCCGGCCACGGCGGCAGCCAAUGGCGGCGGUUGUCGACGUACGACGAGGGGUAAUCGCCGCCGUCACCGCGUGUGCGUGGCUCGUGAUGCGGACAAAUGAACGGGCCGAGAGAAGGGUCCCGUCACCCCACGUAUAAUAAUAUGGCGGCACGUCGCCGUUGUUUUUUUUCCUCUCUCGAAAAUAAUCGUCCGAAAUUGGGGUGCGGGAAAAAUAAAACGUACCGAGAGCGGCGGCUGAAUUCGUCGUCGUUCCGCGUGUGUUCGCCGUAUACGAUUUGGUGGUCGACCGACAGGUGUGAACUGUUCAUCCGCAAUACCAUUCGAUAAUCGCGUGUUCCGUCGUCAUCGCACACACGUGUCUUUUGAGAAAAAAAAAACUCCGUAAAAAUCGCAUCGGAGUUCAAGAAUACGGUUCUAUAUUAAAAUACGAUAAAAUGUUUUUUUUUUUUUUUUUACAAGGUUCCAUUCAUAUAUUCUGCGAUCGAUUUCUUUUCUAAAAACGCGCGUAUAGAGGCAGGUCAGGCAGUUCCGCGUAUUUCGAGACGAGCGGUUCGUUUUUAUUAUUUGCUCGGGUAUUUUAAUUUCCGGUUAGGGUCGUCGUAUAGGCAUUUGCACUCGGUCAACACUGAGGAAUUCUAGAUAUGUUCCGGCAGGGUUUUUAGGAGUUUGAAAAUAUCGGUUUUUUUUUUCUCUCGAAUAGUUUAUAGUAAACGACGUAUUGGACCCGAUGGAAGAAAUGCGGGAAUUUAUUGUUCCGCCCCUGUUUGCAGGUGUUUAAACUGGGGGGAGGAAGGAAUGCAAAAUAAAGUAAAAAUAUAGUUCGUUUAGUUUUUUUUUUAACUGUCUAAAAUACGAGAAGAUAGGAAACGGAACGGGGAUAUCCUUAUUAUUAUUUGUUUUACGAACAACUACUAGCUGCAUACCUAAUAUAGUGAAUUAAGUUUAUUAAUUUAAUUAAUAAUUAAUUAAAUUAUUUUGUUACUUUCUGCAUCACUUUUAUAUCAUUUUUGGAAAUCGAGUUGUAAAAUUCGAAAAAGAAGGCUAGGCUGAUCUCGUGAACGCCGAGUUCAAAUCCGUUUGCAUCGCUUCGGUACGUCGGCCGGACAAAAUCAUCGGUCUAAAUUGCCGUAAUAUUGCUGUGCGUAUGCGUUAGACAAAGAAAGAUAACGAAACCCUUUUAUUAGCACACUUAUUAUUUAUAUUAUUAUCCGUCGUACAGAGACGUUAGCCGUUACGAGCACAUUUCCAACACUUAUCGACGCGGAUCCGAAUCCAAGGCAGCAAGUAACCUGUUUUCCCGUAUCUAUAUAGGUACUAUUCUAUAAUAAUAGUAUUACAAUAUAAUAAGGAACGCGUUUCGGCGGUGGUCAAUGACCGGAAGUCGUUUUCGAAACGUGCGAGUGACGUAACGGGCGCGUAUAUAUAUAUAAAAAAAACCGCCGCGGAAUGCUGCAGUUGUUUGUGUACUUUCUUCGUCGUGGGCAGUAAAAUUUUUUUUAUUUUAUCAUUACAGCUUUCGCCCGCAAUCUGCGCGAGCGGAUUUUACGACUACGACACGGUCCUUUUUUUUUAUAAUGCAUCGUAUUUAUUUCAAGUCUUAAGUAGCAUUUGUAAAAAAAAAUUAAAAAAAAAACCCAUGUCAGUAGAAUCCAUUCGAUUUUGACAUACAGUACAGUGGGUAUAUCUACGAGAUUUGAAAAUAUCCCGUGUGUUUUAAUUGCGUGUAGGAAAUCGUCAAAUCCCGCAGAUAUACCUGAAUAAUACUGGCACAUAAUAUUAUAGUCCGUGUUUAUUUUUCAAACAUCAUAUCUGUCACAUUUCACUUUUGGAUUGCCGUAAAUCGAUUCUUUAUUUAAAACCGAAAUACGAGUUUAAGAAUAAACCUUGAACCUCUGAAACCCCCCCUGCAUUUGUCGCUGUCUAUAUUUCGAAAGUAGUGUAUAUGAAUUCGAUUUUGACGUAAUUCUCAAGUAGUAAUACUGUAUUAUGGUUCGUAUAUUCUUGUAAAAACUCCGUGUUUCGAAAAUAGAUUAUAUUUUGAUAUCAAGUGUACAAAAAUGUUAAACAUUUUGGCCGGAAAUGAUGUAAUAUAGAGAAGUGUUAUCUAUAAACGUGGAUAUAAAUUUAUUUUUACGAAUAAUGUAUUUGUAUAUGUUCUGAGUAGCAUUUGAGAGUUACUUGACUUAUAAAAUAAGAUUUAUAAUUUAUUAAUCUAGGAAAAAACUUGUUCGGUUUGUAAAAAUGUUCCGAAUUUUUUACGACGCAUACCUUAUACCUCAAAAGAUGCGGAUUUUUCGUUCGGGCUGUGUGAUCCGAAAAAAAUGUAUAGAUUCUCGACCAUUUUUCUAAUAACUGUACUUAUACAAUCUUAUCAGUUUAUCGAGUUCCGUUCUGAAUCGUUUUUUGAUUAAGGUGAUUUAUAAAUAUAAAUUAAAUUACGCCUAUAUGAGCCACGGUACCCAGUAUUAUGUGCUGUUUUUUUUUUCAAGAUUAUCGUGGUGCACAUAAGCAUACUUUUAAGAAUAAUAUAAUUUAAUUAUUGUAUAGCUUCGAUCGAAAAUAUUCUUCUAGCACGUAAUUCGCUAUUUUCUCGAAUGGUCUCAACACUGCACUAUUGUAAAUUCCCUUUCAUUAUUGUAUAAUCGUAUUAUAAUAGGUUAUAUAAAACCUAUUUGUUUUUAAAUCGAUAGCGUGCAUUGGCUAACAAAAAAACAAAAAACCAAAAAAAAGUAAUGAUAAUAAAAUUAUAUUAAAAAAAUAUCUGAUAAAUAAUAAAUCUAUAAUGUGCAUUUUAUAUUAUAUCGGUAUUAUCAUAUAUUUAUUUAAUUUAUUUUUAAUCUUUAUAUUAUCUCUCUCAAAGUCCCUUCGAUAUUGGUAUUUCAAAAUAACUACGAGUCAACAUACACACAUAUUAUAAUUAGGUAUUUGAGUAAUAGGUUAUAAUGUAUAACUAUAUUCUCGUGAUUUGUGAUUUUCUUUAUUUGUUUUUUUUAUUUUCAUAAAUCAUGGUUAUAUUAAACAUUAAUAAUCAUAUUCUUCAUCGUUACAUAAUUUCUAUAACAUAUUAUUUAUAAUGUACGAUUCAGUUAAUGCACUUUACUUAACGAAUUCCAUUUUUUUCUAGCAUUAUCUAUACAGUAUAGUACAAUAUUUUUGUAAUUAUUGAUAUUAUUCACUUCAACUUCAAAACCAAAAUUGCAAUAGAAAAAGGCUUUGUCUGUUAUAUUGUAUAUAAUUAUAAAUGCAUUUAUUUUUGUAUUAUUGUGGUUGUUUCCCGUUAAUUUUGAACACUUUUAGCGGUUAUUUCUGAACCAAAUAACUAGCUCAAAUUCGGGAAUUGGAUUAGUUAGUGGUUAUUCUAACAGCUAAUUGAAGUGUUACAAAAUUGGAUAUAAUUUUAUUACGAAUUUGACCGUGCUAUCUAUUGCAAGUAAAACGGGAGAAACAUAAACGCGAUUCCCGUUCAAAUUGUACUGGAUUUUCAAUAUUUCAAAAUACUAUUAUUUUCUCGUAAUUUUACAACUCUUGAAAAACGAAUAAACGGUUUGGCUUUUCUUCAGAAACACGACGUUUUUUGGCAUCGCGGUAGCGACAGAUUAGAAACGAUAUUAAAUUGGACGAAAAUAAACGUUAAUUAUAUAAUAACAAUUAUAAUAAUUAAGAUUGAGUGAAUACAGUGACGUCCAAUGCGGUUUUGCUAAAAAUAAGAUAUAGAAAAUACAUAAUACUCCUCGCGUUUUAUAAUAUAUUGAUACAACACAGACAAACCUACAUAUUUUUUUUUUUCCUAACAUCGUUAAGAUGAGAUUGAUUCCUAGUGGAGAAUUUUGACGUCUGUGGGUUAAGUUAACUACAGCCUAUUUAUUUUUAUUAUUUUGCUUGUAAAAAUAAUAUUGAAUAGUGUAUAAUUUGUUGUGUUCAAAAUAAAAUACGUAGUAUAUUUGUUCUUUUUGUGAAAACCAUGACUGUUCUGGAAGGGGGUGAUAAAGUCUAGGCAAACAGCUAUAAAUUCUGCAGAUAUCGCUGUUUGUAGCCUAUUCGUUUUUCACAGUUGGACACAUUUUUUACGAGCUCGAAUGUAUAUUUUUUAUAGUUUUGCGUUACCUACCGAGCUUUUAUCCAUCGUUAAGUUUUACGCGUUAUUUAAAUAUUAAAUGAUAUGAUUUUUAUUUCAAAAUUAUAUUGUGUACGACUUCAUUAUCGUUCAGGUUAAACUAAUCUAAACUUAUCUAUGAUAAGUAAAUUGUUUUAUUGGAAGUUAAUGUCUGUCUAAACAUAUUAAAUUAAUUAGGUACCUAAGUAGUAAUAAUUAAUGGAGUCUGUCAUUCAAAUCUCUGUACGUUUUUUUAUAUAUUUAAUACCAUUAUUAGCCCCUUUUUUAAUUUAAUUUAGCGUCUUUUCAAGUAAUUAAAAAUAUUACAGUACAAAUUAUGGUUACAUAUUUUGUUUUUGUUUUUUUAAUAAGAAAUGACUUUUUUUAUGUUUCUCUCGCUCGAUGUUUGCGGUAAUUGACUUAAGACCGUAAUUCAUGUUUUUGCGUAUAUUAAAUAAUAAUAUUUUAUGAUGUCGGCUGAUAUUCGCAAUAUUGUCGUAACUUCCAAAUUGUGAUUUUGCGUGUUUAUGAUAUUUUAAAAUAAAAUAAAUUAUAACGUAUUGUUUGAAAGCAUGCUAGCUCAAAAAAUAAUUAAUUAUCCCCGAUAAAAAUACAACAAAAUUGUUGCAACGAAGAAAAAUUCUUAAUUCCUUGGGAUUUCUAUAUAAAAAUGUUGUUAUUUUGGAACUAUAGGACAAUAAUAGGAAAACAAUACGAUCACACAUUUAUAAUAAUAUAUUAUAUAACAAAUUUGAAUAUAAUAUGUUAAGUUAUAUUUUAUAAUAACACGGUGCUACGGAAACCUAACCACCACUUGUUGGACCGAAUCUGAAACUGUUCCAAGGUAGUAUUAUAGUGUCCUAAGUGUAAAUGUUAGACCUUAUCGUUAAAAACCUCGGCGGGUUCAGAUAAAUCAAAAGAAAUGAGAAAAAAAAACGUCAGUUAGAUCACAGGAAUCGGAGGUACAAUCAAAACAAAACGAGAUAUUUUAGUUGGUGUUUUUCAUUUUCCCAGUAAAAACUAUCAAAAAUCACCGCGAUCGGUGUUUUACCGAGUCAAUUUGAUUAGAGUAGGUUUUCUUAUCUUUUUGAAAUAAUACCAGGUUAUUAAUACCAAUGUUGCGUUUGUUGCAUUUUUUUAUUAUAUGUGGGUCUGGUGUAAAAUUGAUAGAAUUUUGCUACGAUAUACCCAAUGUAGUAGGGGGGGAGGAGUGAAUUCAAAAUUCUAUCUAAUUCAAGCAUAAUUCAAGCUACUAUUUGUUAUAAUAAAAUAUCGUCGACUAUGACAAACGUCAUCGUCGUGUAUACCUAUAUAUAUAUAUAGAUUAUGUUUCGAAAGUAUAUCGGAGGUAAAGAGUGAACUUGUAUAUAUUAUAAUAUACGAAUUUCGGCACGAAAAUUCCGUUCGAAAUGCACCGCUUCAGCCAUUCUAUAGAGGGAUUAUUAAAAUAAUAAUAAAUUAUCUUUGUUAUGAGUAUCGCGCAAUUUCCAAUCGAAACGUUUAAGCGAUAUUCGACGUCCGCCUAGAAAACGAUUCGGGUUUCGUCGAUUCUUGCCAACGUAUUAAACAUGUGAAGUUAAACAUGAAAAAAAAACUGUAUUUUUCGCUCAGAUAAUAUAGAUACGGAUACAGGGCGAAAUUGUGUGACAGACGAAAGAGAAGAGAAGCGCUUGUUUGCUACGCGCAAAUACCGCGGUGAUUUUAGUAGCGCAUUGACUAUAGGGUUACCGGGUUAUAAUUAAUAACGAUAAACGAUAACAAGUUUUAAAACAAACCAGUGCGAAUAAAAACCGCGACUAUUGAUGGGAAUCGGGCGGUUCCACUCCCGUGAUGACGGUAAACCAAAUCGUCCUUGUCUGGGUCUGGUUCAUCAUAUAUAAUAUUAUCCGACGCGCAAUAAACUUUUAACAUUUUGUUAUUUCGUCCGUGCGCUGGACUCAUCGAGUGCGCGCAUGGGGAGCACCAGUUUAAUAAUUGAAAAAAAAAAAAAUCGUAUAUCGUAAAUCGUAUUACGGCGACGACCAAAAAACUUUGACGAACGUCGCGCACUGUACGCGGGAUAGGCGUACCUACCCCUACCGAUGACGGGACGCGCGUACAUAUAUAUAUAUAUAUAUAUAUAUAUAUAUAUUAAUUGUAUAUAUACUUUAAUAAUAUAUAUAUAUAUAUAUAUAUAUAUACCUCUAAUAUAUUAUAGUGUGUGCACAAACACACUCACACACACACACGAGAGCGCGCGCACGCUAAUCGAUAGAAUUGCAAUGGCGGGCGGAAAAGCGCGGUCCCUUCGCCACCGGCAAACGGCCCGCCGCCGACUAUUUGACCGCCAGCCCCGCCGGUCGCGCACGCGCUAUCCUGCAAAGGGGUAUCCGGUGUACAAAAAAAAACAAAACAAAAAAAACAUAAAUAAUAUCGGGCUAGUGGACGACAGGCCGUGUAUAUUAUAUUUAUUAUACGAGGAGGACGACGGUAAUGAAAACUGCAAGCAAAAAAAAAAAAAAAAACCGCACGAGUAUAUAUUUAUAUAUAUUAACGUCAUACAGCCCCCGCGGUGUUUGGCGAAUUCAAUUUUUUUUUGUUUUUCCCGCCCGGAUCUCGUUAACGUUUUAGCGCGUGUGCGCGUAUGUAUUGUAGUGCGCGCGCAAAUCGCGAACCGUCGUGUGCGAACACAAUGGGGCACGCGAUCUUGGUUCGCGAUGCGGGGGCGUUGUGGUGCAGAUGGCAUAAUAUGGACGCCGCGUACGGGAUGGACCGCCGGACAAUCGCGUGCCCGCCUAUCGGGGCUGUGCGCGCGCGUGUGCAUAUAUUAUAAUUAUUCUUAUUAUUGUUAUCGUCGUUGUCGUGGUGGUGUGCGGGGGCGCGAAAUGGGGGCGAGCGAAUAAAUAAUAUACGCGCGGCUAAGACUGCAGCCGGGGAAGCGGGGUGGAGCGCGAGAUAGGUGACGUUUUUGCGCGCGCGGGACGCGACCGCCGCCGCGGACCGGUGUUUCUGACGGCGGCCGCGCGCCGGGGGGACGAAUUUUUUAUUUAUUUUUAUUAUUAUUUUAUAAACGCCAAUCGGCUAUUUGAACAGCGUGCGUGUCGUCUAGGGUGACUUGUACCAGGGGUCGUAUGAUAAUACGCUGGCGAUGUUUUUUUUUUUUUUUAUGAAACUGGAAAAUCGAUUGUGAUAUACUUUGCUUUUUUUUUCAAAAGAAAAAAAUAUCGUCAAACGAAAAAUGUACAGCCGUGUUACGAUUUUUAUUCUCUUGUACCUAGCCGUAAAUUCUUUUUAGGUUCAGCUUUUAAUUAGAAAAAUACCAUACUCUACGCCUUCGGAAAAUAUUCUUCUCUCUGAAUUUUGUGAUUUGUGUUUAAUAAAUUAUUAAUUUCAACCUAAACGCCACAUUUCAUGUUUCUGGUAACUUAUAAUUAUUUUGCUAGUUCGUCGCCCAUCAGAUUGACCGAGACGAUAAACGCGGAUGUUAAAAUAUUUAAAAACCCAAAAACCACACGAGUUACAAAACAGAUUGCCAUUUUUUUUUCUCUUUUAUUUAGGAAACUAAGAAAAAUGAUUUUCUAAAUGCACCGAUUAGAUUAAAAUAGCUACACAAGAGUAUCUUUAAAGUUUAAUUUAUCUGGUAGAAAAGUUGUAUAUAGAUACAAAAAAAUCGAAUAAAAACACAUCGCAGUAAAACCAAUACAUUCCUCGCAUUUUUCAGAAUCUAAAAACCUAACAAUGGGAAAAUAUUGUCGUUGAGGUUCAGAAAAAAAAAAGUUUUUCUUGAAAACUGCGGUUUUAAUAUAUUUCGUUAUUCUGUAAACCUUCAUAUAAAACUGUUUGUUGAUCAAAUGCAGUAUAAUAUUACAAUAACUGGAGACGACCUCGGAGCCAAAAAGUCAACAACCGGAUAACUCCAUUUUUUUAAAUUGUUUAAGAAUAAUAAAUUAAACGUUUUAAAUUUGUCAGGAUUUGUAUCACCGAAAUUCUAAAACAAGAUAAUUCCAAUAAUUGCCAUUGAAAACUAACUUAGACAUUGGCAUUAUUAUUUGGCUGAUCUCCAAUUGCUGAUCGAGCGAGUUCAAAAUAAAUUUCAUUCCUAUAUAUGUCCAGGAGGUCGAUUACCCCCUCCCCCGCUCCUCUUCGUUCGCUCUUCAAUAUAGCCUUAGCUCGAUAUUUUUCUCGUAAAUGUGUACAUUUUAUAACAUUUAUAUAUUGGAUUCAUUUUAAUUCUGAACCAAAUGUAGGGAAUUUUUUUUGUUGAAAUGAUGUCGUCAAAAAGUCGCUGUUAAAGUGGAGUUAUCAUCUACAGGUUGUUGCACCAAUAGGUCUUUAAUUUCAAGACGUACUACAUUUUCGCGGCGUACAGAUUAAAUAUUCAAAAUGUUUAUCCCGGCUACCGGAUGAAGUGUGACGGAAAUCUACCUGAAAAUUAGAAUAUUAUACGAGUAUGCUUGUAUGUAAUACUAAUAUACAUAUAUCGGGUAUUUUUUUGUUUUUAAUUUUCUAACUGACUGUAUGUGGGUAUACCACCUAAACGUAGGUACUACACUUGUGAACGACGAUCACGUCGAAAUGCAAUUUCGUUAGUAAUUUUUUUGGAUGCUUUUUUUUCCGUGGUUCGCGUCGUGUCGGCAGUAGUAAUAUUGUAUAGUUGUUUGUUUCGCAUACAACAAUGGAAAUAUCAUGUCGUAUAGGUAAUAUUGUGUCGAAUAUAAUGUUGUCUCGAUAGUUACUAAUGACUAGGUUUGACGACAGGCUGCGCGUUUUCUAACCUAACCGAGUUUGGAAUGCAGCGGAUGACGUUCGUUUUGUUUUAUAGGUGUGGUAAACUUAUGCCGACGACCGUGCGAUUUCGUCGUCAUUAAUCAUCACCACCAGUCGGUAAAAACUACAGAUAAAUUUAUAAAAAAAUUAAAUUUAAAAAAACCCUCGAAAUAUACCCUAUCCAUGAUGAGUGAUCGUAAAACUUAACAGCCAGAGCAUACUGUUAUAAUAGCGUACUAAUUGGCCCAAAGAUUGUUAGUCCCAUGAAUUACUCGAUAACAGUGUAAAAAAAUAUUUGAAACAAAAACAAAUAGUUCAAUUUGCCCUCUUUAUUUAGUAUACGACUUUUAACUUUAUACAUCUUACGCGGAACUCCAAUGGUGAAACGAACACGGUCUUCGAGAACUACUAAAUAGUUUUCUCUUUACUAUAUUUUCUAGUAAUUUUUGUGAAAAUAUUGGGAAAUAUCGGUGAUUGGAAACUAAGAUGCUUUUGGAUUAUUUUAGGGUUCAGUUGUACGUCGUGCGACCGACUGUAUAUUUAUGUAGUUGUAUAUCUAUGAUAAAAACCAACGCGACGUUUUUGUUAUAUAUAGUUAAAAUAUAAGUGUUAGUGCUCUGCAAGUGUCUGAUAUUUAAUCAAAUUAUCAAAACUUUAUUUUAUUUUUCCUGGAAAACUUUACAUCAUCACCGAAUUACACGUUUCGAUUUAUUAUUACGCGUAAGUGUAGAUACAAAAUGUUCAUUAAACGUACGGUGUAAAGUUUACUCGAAUAAUAUAAGUUAUUGUAUUAUAUAACAAAACAUCGUCGUUCAUGAAUUAUUUUAGAAAUUAUGAAUGGCUUUUAUAGUAUUACUAUUUUAAAAUGCUAAUUGCGGUGGAAGGAAAGCGCGGCCGCCGCCGUGCUACAAUAUAGUAGUACAAUUUAUAUAAAUACAUGCAAAUAACGGCUGAGUUCAACGGUUUCUAUAUAUUUUUCUUUCUCUUUGUCGUUCUAUGUAAUAUGAAAACCUCGGAAUGUUAUAAUUACAUAAUAUCUCGUUAAUUACAACAGAUAAAUCUGUUGAAAACUUUUGUUUCGAUCAAAACUAAUAUGUACGGCGUGUUUUACCAGAAUUUCGUGGUUCAAAUAUAGUUUAGAAACUAUUUUAAUACAUCAUCGUGUAGUGUAAUGCAGCCACAUCAAAAGUGUCAUUAUGACGUAUGAAGCUCGGUGUGUAUUCCACAAUCACGUUUUCACGUUCCUAAAAAAAUUUUUGUUUUUUUUUUUUAAAUUACUUUCGGUUAAUUAAAACUCUCCAAAUUGUUCACGUCGUAUAUCCUUAGAAAUGUGCGAAUUUGAUUUAUGUCCCUCCAUUUAUGGAUUAUCUUUUGGCUAUCACUAGAGGGAAAAACACGACUAUGAAGUCGCGAGUUUACCAUGUUUGUCGCUCCGUAUCUUUUGUCGAUUGCAAUUACAUAUCAAUGCAUAAACUAAAUUACUCCCUGUCAUAUACUCAUAUUAUAUUAUCCUAUAAUAUAGGACCUAUAUAAUAUAAUACCUUUCAAACAUUCUGACUAACAGUGGCGGCCUACCCGCAGUGCGAAAUAUGUCCGCGACUUUGUUCAUAUUACAUCCGUGUAAUUUUUAUAAUAAUAUUAAAAUCGUUCAAACAAUAUUUGUACAAUAGCGUAUUGCGGAAUUUAAUAAUAUUAUGAGUAAGCCGAUAACGCGCGUUAAUCAAAUAUUUAUUUUAUACAAAUUUGUAUCGAACGUUUCUUAUACGAUAAGAUUGAUUUUGUUGAUCUUGAUAUGCACAGAGUCGAACGUAACCUAACCUAAUAUUGCAGUAUUAUUGUAAUAUUUAUAAGGUAUAAAAUUGUAUUUAUUCUGUGAAUGUUGGUGGGUGGUAUACAACUUAUUUUCAAUAUUCUCGUAGUAUGUGAUUAUUUUGUUUCUGACCUUCGACACAAUUCGUUCAAGAUUGCUAAAAAAGGUUAAUAACUUUAAUGCCUGUUAACACUGAUAAGGAUUUUCUUCCCUGGGUAAGAUAUAUAUAUAUAUAUAAUAACGGAGGUUCGGUACUUAUAGCGUUUACUUAGUUGUUUUUUUUUUUAAUCUAGUUAGCUAUAUACUACGAUUUCUGUAACAGGAAAUUCGAAAGCGCUAAUUAUUUGUUCGAUGGGUUUAUUUAUACUAGUUUUUUGUUUUUUGAUAUUUUCAUUGCAUUUUUUCCGCGUGGAUAUUUCUACUUUAUAACUAUAGUGACAUUAGAGCACUAAACUAAACUUUCGAAUAGUUUAUACUGUCAAUAUCAUCAUCAGUUUCUAAAGGUCUUGUCGUUGUUACCAAACUUCUCCAUCAUGCUCCGCAUUCUUCAGGUGUUGAUAUAAAAUGAAACCCAUUCGGUGUUUGAUCUCGUUGAAAUAUAUUAUGUUUGGGUCUUCUUGGACGUUUUCCCAUAAUCUCCCCCUCUAAGGUGUUUGUAACAAUCGUUGUUUCUUAUCAGAUGUCCGAUGCGCUUUACUUUCCUUUUCAUAAUAAUAGUAAUGAUGUUUCUCUCUUUACCUAUUUCCUGCAAGAAUGGUGUCAUUCCUUUUCCUCUUCAUUUAGCUUGUCCUCGUUGUUCAACUAUUAAUAUAGUUGAUAUGUAUUGAUAGUAUUUUACAAACAAUUUAUUCAAAUCAAUACAUUUACUAGCGUAGGUAGCAAAAGAAAAAUUUUUAUUGUACACUUGUAUUUUCAUUUUGCUUUGAUAUUAAUUUUUUUUUUUUGACGUUGGUGUUGUUUCUUUUACACAUUUUGUUUAUGUCUAUGGUUGUUUUUGAUGUUGAAAACCGCAGUGUAUAGUCCAAAUGUAGACGGAUAUUUAUAAAUAAGAAUAAUAACAUAGGAUAAAUAAAAGAUAUUGCUUUUAAUGAAAUCACAAAAUUAGUACUUAUUUUAUUUGUUUUACUAUUUCAAAUUUUCGAUUUCAGAAUGUACAAUUUAGUUUUAGUCGAGGUCAUACAAAAUUUGUUAAUGGACCGCGUAUUGGGUAAAUUGCACCACUACGCGUUAGAUAAACUAUAGAAUUUUUUUCCUUGAUUACUUUUAUUCGGAAAAACUAUAGAAAAUUUCAAAAACCGAGUAGAACAUUUUUUCCGUAAUCGAAUAGUUCGAUUCUUUGACCAUUCGGUUGUACACGUUAUUUGUUUAAACGUCAUGCAUACCUACAAAAACCCAGAUUUUUUUCCUUAUGAUUUUCCCUUUUAUUAUUUUACUUAGAGGCUAAUGUAGUAUUUUUUUUUUUAAAUUUAAGGAAAGGGUUUCUUUUUUUGGUAUUGCUUUUUUAUGCCUUAUUUAAAGUGUUUAUAAUAUAAUAGGGGGGUUUCAAGUAUCGAAUUCCCGUGAUUCUUUUUAAGUGUUUGGUACAAGCACUGCACGGAGAUAUGGGUUUUAUAAACUAAAUCAAUUGCGUCUCUUGACUUCAAUUAAAAAAAAUAUAUAUAUAAAUAUAUACAUUGUUUUAAUCUACAAAGGGGAGAGCGGAAAUCGUGACCUAUACGUCUCGUAUUAUAAAUAUUAUAAAUAUGAGUAAUUAUUUUUGUUAUCUCCAGUUAUACCGAUAUAGUCAACUGCAGUUUAUGAAAAACAAAAAAAACACGUAAUAGGUAAUCGUAAUAAUAAUAUAAUAUUCGCCUAUUAUAUACAGCGUGCCUCGCGAAAAUGUACACAUAUUCUCCUUGUAUCUGAUAGUAACAUUAAUUGCGCCCAUAGAUAAUAAAUAUAUGGAUAAGCUAUCCAUACCUUAUAAGUGUUUCAAGAGGGACGGGUACAAUUACGCCAAUAUUUUCAUAAAGUGAAGCGUUUUAACUAUAUAGUAAUAGACGACCAUUUUUGUUUGUUAAUUUUCAAUCGUUAUUAAAUGUCAUUUAUAUUUCGAUACGUCCGGGUCGCGGUGCGCGGUUUUCGUACGGAAUCCGGAUAAAAUUCCGUUCGGUGCAAAACGCCGUAAACGUUCGCAGCAUUUGGAUUUAGAACCCUGCCGAUUUCUAGUACCAUUUCGCAAUGACCGUCUAACGGCGUCGCGUACAAUAAUGUGCUACUAGUAGGUAUACUAUUAUAAUGUACAUAGUAUUACGUUGUUAUUCCCGUAUAAGAGAAACACUCUGUAUAAUGUGUACACGUAUUAUAAAUAAUAAUAAUUAAUAAUAAACAUCAAAACUAUGUGCAUCGACGAUAAUGACGAUGGCCUUGACCCAAGAGUGUAACCUAAUAAGAAUGCGUUAUCGAAACCAAACAAAAUGACGUAUAACAUUGUGGAACAGCCGAUAUUACAAUUGUGUGUGUGUCUACGUAUAUGCGCGCGAAUGCGACAAGAGUAUUAUUCGAGCGCGGCGUGACUUCGCCGGUCCGAAUAAAAUACUAAAAAAAAAAAUUAGAUAAAAAUAAUAUCGUAUAGACGUCGUAUGGAAGAAGGUCGAUGUAUAUCGUGUGAAAAAAAAAUAAUCCUUAUUUAAAGCUUUGUACAAAAAAAAACACACACACACUUUACACAUUUCUCGAAGUUUUUAUGGGAAGGGGGAGUGUAAGAUUAAAACGGUAUUUUAAUUUUUGAUAUUAUACGCGGCUUAUAUCCGCCGUCUAGACUGAGUAUAAUAAUAAUGUAAUGUUGGUGACUCAUAUUAUUAUCCUGAGUUUUUCGGAAUUUAUUUACCGGGUGUCUAGGUAUAGGCAGAAAAUAAAGUAUUACGUGCGGGGGUAGGCUUGUUGAGCCGAACGCGUUCCCGUUUCAAAGUUAGCAUUAAUGUUUUCUUACGAUUUGCGACCGAAUUUCGGGAAUAUUUUAUUUAUUUAUUUUUCUAAUUUACGAUGUGUGCUUUUCUCGUAACGUUUCCGAUCUAUAGUCGAAGAAUCGGAUAAGGUUUUUCUUUUGUUUUUAGAAAUUCUUCAUCGUAUUCUUCCAUUUGAUUUCUACAAAUGGAAGGUUUUGGCAAUUGGAAUUUUGAAUCUAAUAUCCUCGAUAGUACCUGUGUAAUUAGGUUUACUCUCGUUUAAAAUUGGGGUUUUUAGAUAUGUAUUAUAUUUAUUUCGAAUGUUGUAUCAUUCACUACAUAACAUUUCAUUUUCUCAUCCGAAUUCUUGCAGUUCAUAAUACAUUAUAAUAAUUAAAGUUCUGGACCUUCACUUAAAAUCCACAGAAAAUCGCUCAAAAAAGUAAAAAAGUAUUAAAAACAAAUUUUAAAAGGCAAACAUAGAAGAAGGGUUCAAAAGUCCUACUUCUUACGACUUUAACUUAUUAAAUAAAAUUGUCUAAUACUACAAAAAUUAUUAAUACAAUGUAAUUUUCUUUAAAAUAUGUACAAUUUUAUUUAUUUUAUUAAAAAUCUCUAACCCUAACAGUAAUUAGCGUAUAUUACGCAAAAUUCUCUACACACCACGAGAUCGCUGGAUGGCUAUAAAAGUUAAUUGUUAAACUUUUCUCAGAAUCGUUAAAUAAUUUACUAAGUAUUAUUAAAUGGUACACAGGGUGAUUUUGCUUAUUUAUUAUCGUGAUGAAACGGUGUUUUUUCUUUUAAAUUGAUCUCUGUAUUCUUAUAUUUUUUAGUUUAAUACAUAUAAACUUAUUUUCAAACGUUUUCCCUUAUUCCGUACACCAUAUGUUCAAUACACAUAUCAGCAAUUGAUUUUCAAUUUUAAAAAUAGAUUCUAAGAAUAUUAUUUUAAACAAUUUGAUACGUGUAACACUACCAAAAUAUUGGAUUUGUGAAGUGCUCUACGUAUAGAUAUUACAUACAAUGUACCUUCGUACUUCUUCGAUUUACGUUUUUCAAAAUCAAAAGUAAAUUCUUGUUUAAGUUAAAUAUCUUUGGGUCCAGGACUUAAGUCAAUACCGUGUAGUUUUAAAUGAAAAAUUACAUAACGACAUAAUUGCUCAAUGGUCUAACCUAAAUAUGAUGGCGUUCUAAACAGCUUCAGUCGCUUUGCCAUACAAAGUGUACAUCGUAGUGACAUGAAAUAUUUUAAUUUCCAAUAUAAGGUGACGUGUUAGAAUAUCAUUUAGACCGAAAAAUAAAUGGUAAAAAAAUGAUGUAAGAGAAAAGUAUAAAAAAGAAAGAAUGCCAAAAAUUGACUCAAGCCCCCGAAACCGAAAAUAUUAAGUAUAGGGAUGAAAUUAUUAACGUAGAAACAAAAACUAUGAUUCAAUAAUAAUAUAAUGGUUGAAAAAAAUAAAAUAAAAUUUACUUAAAAUAUUACCGUGUAUAGAGUACAAUAUAGUAUAUCAUUUAGCUAACUCUCGCUUAAUUGACUUUGUGAACAUUUCUUCGACCAUCCUGCAACAGCUUGCGGCAGUAUAAUAGUAAUCUGAUGCUGUUGCUGCGAUAUGAGUCAUACGCAUGUUUCGUUUUGUUUUGUUUUUUUUUUUUUUUUUUUAUGAAUUUCUCUCAUCGAGUUCGAGUUUUCGGUGUGUGAGUGUGUGCGCAGCCUAUCGACUGCGGCGGCAAGAAGGAUAGUUGUAUAUAGUCGGUAGUCGUAUUGGUGUUUUUUAGUUUUAGGUUUUUUCUUUUCUUUUCUUUCACGAAUAUCUUUGAUGCGUGUAUAUAGGCAAUAUUUAUUCCGUACGCGCCAGGCAAUGACCCUUGGCGGCAUGCGUACCAAAUUCUUACCGGUAGUGCCUGUAAUGCCUGCAGUAUACACGAUCUCAAGGUCGAUGUAUACGAUAUCCCCCAUUUUUUUGACCCGCCCAGGUAUUCUUUUUUUUUUUUCUAGCUCGCCUCUUGUUUCUCAAUACCUAAUAAUAAUAAUACAAUAUGCCUACUAACUAUAUUAUAUCCCUCGGAAUUUCACCGACGUGAGGUAAAAGAAGAAAAAAAAAUCCCAACAAUAAUACCAAUUAACCGCGCGCUGCAGUCUCUGCAGGUAUACCAGCCUAUUACAAUAUGAUUGUGAUAUUGUUAUAAUAUAUUCUCGAGUGACUGUCGUCGUUAACGUUUUGAAUAUAACAGCAGUUAUCGUUAAAAUACGGAUACUUAUUAUAUUUCUAGUAUUAUAGUUGUAACAGAAUUGAUAAAGGGCCGGACACGAUAUUUCACGGUUGCCAACCGGUCCUGGGCAACUACCACACUAUAUUCCUCGAAUCGUGAUUACAAUAAUACAACAUAACCUCAACAGAAAUACAAUUAUCAAUUAUUAUAUUUCAAUUUGGUAUCGGAACAAAUUCAAUUCUAACGAAUCGAUGUGAUGAGACAAGAUUAUCGACUUUUCUACUGCAAUUUUGAAAAAAACCGAUGUCAUUUUUAAUUUUUCUCUCUUUUUUUUUUCACCCGACGUGGUUUUUAAAGGAUUAAUAAUUGUAGAUUUGCGCUUAAGAGUUUAUAUCACUUUCUCGGUGGAGUGUCUGGACGAGGGGGAUUUUUCUCCCGGUAUUUGUGUUGCUUUAAUACUGAUCGCUGUGGCUACAAUUUCCGUGCCCCAUUUUUCUGACAACCAUAGACACUAUACCCGCCCUAAAGAUUUUUUACAUUAUUGCCAUCGAAGAGCGAUUUUUUCGUUAUAGAAUUAUUAUUUUAGUUUAGUAUUGUUGUUGCGUUAUUUUGAUAACAUUAUUAAAGUAGGUAAUCUUAAUAAUACGCCGGCGUCGCACAAGAUGUUUUGAUGACCACCGGGUGUUGUUUUCGCUAUACUGUGGCAGCGUAUAACAUCAUUAUGAUGAACGGAUGAAAUAUUUAUGUUGUUUUGCUCGUGAUUUGCGAACGAAUUCUGCAGUAGAUUGGAAAAAAUUAAAAUAAAUAAAAAAAAUAGAUCCACUUAAUGCAGUAUUGUAAACGCUAGCCGUGUCGACGAUAGUUUAAAUAGUAACAAUUUUCAAUUAAUCUCCAAGAAUUUUAAAAUUUUUGUUUAUCUAUUAAUAACAGUGUAGUAGUGUUGUAGUAUUAUAGUAGUAGUUGAGAUUAUAUUUAAUUUUACUUCGUGGGUUUGACAAACCAUCACGGGUUAUUGAAGUCGCGUAAAAUAUGUAUUUCUGUAAAUAUCCGCCCGUUUGCUUUUUCCCCUCUUUAAGCCCCUCUCUCCUCAGAUGUGAGAAGUGAAUACGGGAAUCGGUAUUUUAGUUUUAGCGCGUUCUCGCGGUGUAUUACUGCGAUAUUAGAUACUAAUAAUAAUAUUCGGUCAGAAAAAAAAAUCGCAAUUUCAAUCGUCAAUAUUCUAUAACGUAAUAAUUUUCGUACACAUUAUAUAUAUAUGUAUUGUAUAUUCGGAGUCGUGUCGUUAUUCGGUAGUUUAGAAUAAUGUGGUGAUAAUUUACAAAACAAAAAAAAUUUAAAAAAAAUAGUAUACGUGGCCAUGUAUAUCGCGCGAUGGGUUAUAAAUUAUACAAUAUAUAAUUUCAUAUUUUAAUGUUUUAUACGCUGAUGCAACGCGUAAACUAGUUGUGAGUAUACGAGUAUAAUAUGUACGUAAGCACGCUACGUGUCAGUUAUAAUAAUAAUAUUAUACAUUACUAUAAUUCUAAUGCAUCGGCCAUUCAGCCUCCCUCAAAUGUAUUAUAAAUAAUAAUAUCGGUUGAAAGAGGAAAAAAAUCCGGCGGGACCAAUUUUGCACUGUUAAUUUCAUUGUCAUAGUAUUGUAUUAAAAAUGUGCAUUUUUAAUACGUGACAUUUCACACAUCUAAUAUUCGUAUAUCUCUCGCUUAAAAAUCGAAAUAUCGAUUAAAAAAAAAAAAAACUUAUAAAAAUACAGAUCAUACUAUUAUAUACAGGUCGGUUUACUGUAAUAUUAAUUAAAACUAACAGCUCGAAAUCGCGCGUUGAACGUAAAUAAAUUUCGCUGUCUUACGAUUUUUGAGAUGGAGACCGCACAUGCAGUUAUUACGUCCCUCUUGAGAGUUUUAUGGAUUUAACUUUAGACCAUAGUUCAAGUUGCUUGCAUCUUUUGGGCAUAUUUCGGUGGAAAAUACACUAAAAUGUUCACGCAGUUAUAAUUAUAAUUGUACGCUAUAUAUUCUCGCGAAACAGGACGAGCGCGUGACGCGGUUUCGCAGGGUUAUAUUAAAACGAUUUGUACGAAAUAAAAAUGAAAAAAAAACCGCCGCGAGUUCAUUUGAUGAUGUACACAAAAUAUUAUGUCCCGUAGGCAUCAAUAAUAUGAUCCAAUGGAAAACUGUGCGGCGGCGGCGGCAAACACAAUCGGUUGCAGCCGUACCAUAUAUCUAUAAUAAUGCCUUUAAAAAAAAAAAAAAAAUUCGUAAAUUAAAAUAAUAAUAUGUAAACCGGUUCAAUAUCGGUAGACGGUAUUACCGGUUAUAAUAUAUAAUAAAUAUAUAUACCUACCUAUUUAAUAUAUAGGAAUCGGAAACAAUUUCGUGAAAAACGGCACAUAAGUAUAAUGUAUUUUGUUGUUGUUCGGUCCAUUGUGUAUAAAUAGUGGUGUGCAACAGUGUUUGCCGCAGUCGUUUACCAAACUCGAAUGUGCGUCGAAAGUAUAUAAUACAUUAUAAUAUGCUAUGUGUGUUCCCUCGUGUACAUGAAUUCGGGUUUAAUAUAUAGGAAAAAUAAAAAAAAAACACAAUAAUAAUACGUUUAAGUAUGUGCAGAUAAAAUAUAAAAAAACGUGAGCAUUCCGAGCGCCGGGUGAUCGAAUUUCUCCGGCCAUUAUAAUAUACGAUUUUCCGACUAGACUCUGCGUGCGUGUUUGUUCUUUCCGUUUUGCCUUAAUAAUCGUCGUUAUUGUAUCAAUUUACCGCCGGACUUUGGCGAAUGUUUUAUUAUUUAAAUAUGUUACGAGUGUGUAUAGCGAAGAAGCUGUAUAUUGUCAGUUUUACUAUAAGGCCCGGUUAUCACAUUCGUCCGUCGGAUAACACGAGCAAUUCAAUAAAAAUCGGGUUUCCGACGUCCGAAUAAUCAUAACGGUCAAAUGUAAUAAUAUAGUUUCCGCAUAAGUUAUUAUCUGUUACUUUUUAUAUUGCGGAAUAACUUUUAUUCGUCAGAAUUAUAACUUAUAGCCGAUAACGUAAAUAAUAAUUAUAGGUCACUCAUUAUUGCACCUUGUCAUCAUUGUGCACCGUGAUUUAAUUACGAAAAUAUUGCAUUGCGCGUUGUCAGUAGUUUCGAUUUACUGUUCAUUCGAUUUGGUUUUACAAUUUAUAUUUUAAGACGACGGUGAUUGCUAAAAAAUAAUUCAGUUGUGAGUGCGUUCAGUCAUGCGUGUUUAAUAUGUUCAUACACUAUACUAUACUAUAGGAUUCUUCAAUAUUGUCAUUUGCAAAAUGUCAUAAAUAGUUUUUUUCCAAAUCACUUAAAAACGAAAACUAUUUCAUAUGGAUGAUCUUUAUAGGGACCACCUCUUGUUUUGAAUAUAUCACUUUUAGUUCCUCCGUAAUAAUGUUAAAACACGUUCAUAUUUUUAACGUUUAUUUUAAAUUAUACUGUUAUAUUUGUUCACACAAACCUAGGUGUGUAGUGUUUACAUAGUUAACGCACACCACUGCUGAAUAUUAUAAAUUGUACACGAAGGCAUUGCAAUGACAUAAAUCACAAUUAUUCACAAUAAUACGAGUGUUUUGUACAUAAAAUAAACGGGCGGUUCCUUAUCGAUUUUUCAUUGACCAAUCAUAAUCGAAAUAUAGAUCUGUGUUACUUGUUCCUUAUUAAUGUACAAUUACUAUCAGUGACACACAUGCAUGGGUGGGGAGAGUUAGGGGUCAGAACACCCUCCCACCUCCUCGAAAUAUCUUCCUUCACUGUAUUUUUUUAAAUCAAGUUUUACAUUCAGCAUCAUACAAAAUAUAUCUUAUACCACAAAAUGAAAUGAAAUUUAAUAAUUUCAUCAAAAACCAUUUAUUCAUUAACAAUAGUGAUAGUACUAAUAAUAUAUCCCCUCUCUGCUAAGUACUACCGCCUUUCAGUAUAAAUGUCCACCUAGUAACAUUCGUCAUUAUUGAAAAACCCGGUCUAAGACGUGUUUUAUAUAUUUUUUAUUUCUCCCAGAAAAUAUUUUUUCGGUUAGUAAAAAUGAUCAGAUUUUUCCACACCGUACAAUAAUAAUUUAAUCAGUCUAAUUCGUUUUAAAUGAAAUAUAUAAACGAGCUGCUGUUUAACACAGUUUUGGUCCUGCAAAGUGUGCGUACUACAGCCCAUGGCGAGACGACACAACCGACGUGCUAUUAUUAUUUUUAUUAUGUAUAAUAUUACACUGGCGACGACAUAAAUGCGGAAUCGUCUGGUCCCUGGUGUAUACAGAGCGAUUCGUUUACCCAUGAACCGUAGUGAUUUUUUUACAAUUAUUUUUGAUUCCGCAGUUAUAUUUUUUGUAGACGAAGAAUCGUGAAAGUUCAAUGAUGAUUUAUUUAAAAAUGAGCAGUAUUUUACUCUUAUUCGACAUAUUGGUAUAAGUAAUAUAAAAAAACUAUUAAUUUUCAUUCAACUAUCUGUAUAUAUAAUUUUUUUUUUUGUUAAACUAAAUCGGAAAAAGAGUAUUUUUUUCGAAAAUAUCGAUGCGCACAAGCACUAUAGUUAUAUCAGAUUUAAUAUUAUGGCCGUUUAUGGAUGUUAUAAAGUUUGUUAUGCAUAGGUACUUACGGCUGAUGAUAAAAGAAUCAUUCUGUAUGUUAUAUAGUAAUAAUAAUAAUCAUGUACUCGGCUUUAUAUGCGGACGAUUGUAUUCAGCGGUGUAGAGAGGGGCGGCCGUCAGGGAAAACAGUGACAUGAUAAUCGGAUACACGAGAAAAACGGUGGCGCCAAACUUCUGAGCUUGUCCGUUGCAAUAUUAUGUAGACUUUUACGAACCGAUAACCAUCGCGAUAUAUAUACCUAACGUCAAUAAAUAUAACCAAGUCAGUGACCGGGCAAGGAGUCCGAUAAAUUUUAAACGAAAUUCGUCAUUUUAAAAUCGAUUUUCACUGUAACAUGUUGGCGUCGUAGCGUUCCUAAAGCGAGAAUUUUUUGCUUUAAAAGCAGAAUGUAGCUUGAGAAAGAAUAUGUUUUUGCUGUUAAAGUGGUAGAAAAUAAUACACCCAACCCCGCAAGUAUAAUACUUCCUACCAAUUUACUUCUAAUUUUCUUUGUAUACAUAUACAAAAUAAAAUGUACAUGAUUUAACGUUAGAAGCACAAAUAUUUGUUAUUCGUUUCUGAUAAUUAUAGGAUAAAGGCGUGGCUAUAGAAACAAAUCAUUGGAAUUUCAUCAACAUUUGAACUACCCAGCAACUACCCAGCUCAAAUUGUUGGUGUUUUACCAAUAAUUAUAUUCAAGUUAUACUCAAACCACCUCUUGUGUUAAAGGCAUGUUUUUCCACAAUUGUUUACAAACCGCUAGUAGGUUCUUUUUUGUUUGUCUGCUGAUAAAACAGCAUCACGUAAAAUCGAAUAUGUUUGUAAAUUAGCAUAUACUAUCUUGUAAUAAUUUGAAGUUAAAACGUCUUUAAAUUUGUUUGAACAAUCAGUCGGCUAUAUUUUAAUACAGCUAAUGCCUAAUCUAGCGUCAUGCAAAUUACUAAAAACUAGUCCGACUAGAGCUGUUUUACUGACCACUGUGCACUAUCUAUUAUUUACUAUCUUCUGUUAUCGAAUAUAUUUUAAUUUUACUAGUAGGUCCCAGUUAGUGUCGUGUAAAAAUUAUAUGCGGUAGGUUAUAUUUAAACACGUGUAUCCUGAAAUUGAAUUAUUUUACUCGUGUUUAUAUUUUUAAACCGUCAGUAUAAAACGAAAAUUGUUUUCGGUCCCUCGGAGUACUAACAACAGUUUGCGCUACAACUGUUGUAGUCGUUUAAUUUCGGCUAUAACAUGACGAGUAUAGCAAUUAUAUUACUAUUAAAGAUAAUGACGACUCCAAUUAAAAAAAAAAAAAAAUUUUCUUGAAGAAUGACGAGGUCGGAAGUGAUAAUUAAAAUAGUUUAUAGCAAUAAGUAUAACUAUAUAGUUGUUAUUUUUCCCAAGGUACGGAAAUAAUAAUAACCUACUUUGUUUACCGUUUAAUUGAAUAUACAAACCAUGUUAAACGAUCAUGACGACAAUAUUUUGUAUUGUGAAUGAUUUUUUUUUUUAAUUUUUCUAUUGUCACUUACCCUCUUUUUUAGACAAUUCGAUACGUGUUUUCUGUUUACUUUUUUCGUAAUAUCGGAUAAUAUAAUAUUUCUAUGAUGUAACUGAUAUCAUUAUAUUUAUUUAAGUCAUCUACUUAUAUACCUACAAAUUAACCGCGAGGAAAUAUCUAAUAUCGUUAAUUGUCAGAAAAUUGAUAAUAAGGGUCAGGCACAACAUUUCAUUGUUGUCAACCGCGUAUCGUCACAAAAUAUAACACCAAAAUGAUCGCACUAUGGUUUUUUGCUUAUAAUCGCCCCACCACGCGAAUUUUCUAUUUUCUUUAUUUCUAUCCGAAAAGUUUUAUGUUUUCAUUUAAAACGCUCACGGAUCUCUCGUAUUUCGGCGUAAAUACUUACCGACUCGACCUCUUUCUGCAGCUAUUUACCCUCUAUCGUAAAAGUCGAAUCCGCGAACGGUGUAAAACGAUUAAUCAGCGUAAAAAAAAAAAAAAAAAAAAAAACCAUAGAGGAAUGUUGUUGUGUUUCGAUCGGGGGAGGGGGGGGGGUUGUUUCUGACGAGUGGUAAUUUAGGUAUAGCUUAAUCUUAUCGCUAAACAAAUAAAUAAACACGUAUUCGGUGGGGUAGAAAUACAUAUUUUAAACAUACCUACUUAAUUACGAUUUGAGUUCUUUUCGUCGGGGAAAAAGUAGAAAAUAAUAAAUAAAUAGUUUUAAAAGCGUAUUUUUGUUACCCAAUCUAAAAGUUCCGAUCUGCGCAUCACACGCCUAACCGUGACCGUAAAAUUCUCACACGCGUCCGGCAAUUUGUUCACGCACCGCACCGCACCGGUGGACGUGCACGUACAAUGUAAUGCAGGUAUUGCAUCGCACCAGUGCAAUCUGUUGCUAUACGAAUAUUGUAACGAUAAUAUUAUAUUCUACGACCGAAAACACGUCACAAUAUUAUAAUAUAAUAUAGUGUAGUUAUAGUAAAGCGAGACUGUUUGUAGCCUUAGUCGUAUAGAAUAAUAUGCAUGGAUAACGUAAAAAGCAAUAAAAAUCCUCGGAACAAAAACGUGUCUUUUGUAUUAUCGAUUAAUUUAGAUUCGGAAGUCGGUACCAAUAAAUAUAUCAUCUAUGCUGCUUAUCCUUGGUCGAGUAAUAAUCGUAAGACUCAGACUAAAAAAAAAAAAAAAGUCACUAUGGUUUUACUAUAUUUUUAAUCUAGGCCUAAAGCAUACGUGUUACAUUAUUUUUAAAUUUAAUUGCCGAGUCGUCUGUUUGCUCGCCGCCUAUGAGUCAUUGUCGUUUCCAUUAAUAAAUCAUAUAAUACCGCAGGUAGUUGUGAAUUUAGUUUUCUGUCGGUGAAGGAACGAAAAUAUUAUCGUGUGCAUAUCACGGAACAGAUAUUAUAUAUAAUAUUAUCUUUUAUUGAAGAUUGAACUUUUAUUUCGCCCCUCCCCCCGUUCAUAAUAUUUUUCUCGUCCGGGCCGCUAAUUGGCCGGGUAAAACAAUUAUGAAAGGGGCGGAUGGUUUAGUAGACGUUGUAAACGGGGUGUCCGGUAUCAUAUUUAUAGUGACCGCGAACGAAAAAAAAAACACAAUACGUGUGCUAGUGUGAGCUCACAUUAUCAUUAUAACCGGCGAUCGAUUCUUAUUCGGCUCCGAGAACCUACCGAUUGACAAUUACCGCGUUUCGGCAAUAUUGGACCGUAGCAAUCUUUAGCCAUCACGACCGCCACCACGUCAACAGUUGUAAAGUUCCCGAUAACAAUAGUUUAUUGUAACCCGGAACGAUUAAUUGAUAAGGAUUUAAGGGGAGGGGUCGGCUUGGCUGUGAGACGUCGGUCAUUCGGUCAUACUGUAGGGACCCGUAGAACAUUAAAAUGUUAUUGUGUAAUAAUAAUAAUAAAAAAAAAAAAAAAUUAAAAAAAAAAAAACCGGCAACGUGUUCCGGCGGCGACGCAAACGCCGGUAGUAUACGGUGACGUGGCAACACUGUCGGCGGCUAUUUGUCACUCUCCGCCCCGUAAUAAUAAUAAUUGUAUAAUUGUUCGUUUUCGAUUAAACUUUUUAUAGACCCGUAUGAGUGAUAGUAAAAUCGUUUCCAGCGUUCGUAUUAGCAGAUACGAAUAAAAAAAAAAAAUUAUAAUAAUAAUAAUAAUAUUAUUAUCGAAAAAUACGAUGACGAUAACACCACACUACUAACAUAGUACACACUCGCACGCACGCACACGCUGACGCCUUCCGAGUUCCGACCCGUUCGGCGCGCGUCAGUAUUCGACAAAACGCUGCCGCCGUCUUGUGUAGUUCAGUAAUAAAUUCACUCGGUCAUCGGAAUAUUUUAUUUAGUUUAUUUAUUUUUUUUUUUGUACACAACUAAAUAUCAUUUUUGUAAAUGUUUUUUUCUUUCUUUUUUCUCCGGUUUGGGAUUAAAUACUAAACGUCAAUGUAUGUCGUUGUCGUAAUCCCUACCGCCCGUCAGAAACGGACGUUUAGGUAGCAGGCUAAGGCGGCGGCAGCGGCGCGGAGAGGACGUCGUUUCGCAACAAUGUCAAAAAUUUUCGGUAUACAUCAUUUUGACGUAUCAUCUGUCCGUCUCUCUCUCGCGGGCGCGCGUGCGCUCACCCUCUGACAUACUAUAAUAUACUCGCACAACACUCGUCAUAUCGUCUUUUUUGCACGUGGUCCAUUCAGUUUUCUACCCAACACCGCUGACCGAAAAAAAUAUGUUUUGUUUCCGUUUCAGCGCCAACAAAAUAGUCAUCAACAACGUGCCCAGCAACGUUCGGUUCGAACAGUUAGAUCAGAUUCUCAGUCAGUUCGGUUCUGUGAAAGAAAUCGAAAAGCUCAGUCAACGAGAUGGACCUACACAAGUCAUACAAAUCACGUUUGAAUCCGCCGAACAAGCGCACAAGUGAAUACCUAACAUUUGAUAUAAUGCCGUUUUUUUCUUUAUUUUUUUUUUUUUUGUGUUUUAUCGAUUUCGGAAAAUUGUUCUGGUUAGUUACUAGUUGUAUGCUUAAUAAUUUGUUUGCAGUGCAUUAGCUAAUUUGAUAGGCUUCGAUCUUGAAGGUUGUCAAUUAAAAGUCGAACCAGCUAUGGAAAGGAGGAAUCGCAGUGGAAUAAGACCGAGGCACGUUACCUAUGGUGCCCCUGGUGCUACCCCCACUAUUGGAAACAGACAAACAGAGUUCCCGUUACGUAUACUAGUACAUAGCGAUAUGGUUGGAGCGAUAAUUGGUAGAGGAGGUUCGACAAUCAAACAAAUCACACAGCAGACGAGAGCUAGGUAUGCUAUUAUCAAUUGAACAAAACAAAAAACUUUUGUUUUUUCAAUUGAGUUUAUGAUUCUAUUAUUUUUCACUUGAUAGAAACAUUAAAUUGUGUUCUAGGGUUGAUGUUCACCGUAAAGAUAAUGUUGGUUCUUUGGAAAAAGCUAUAACUAUUUAUGGUAAUCCAGAAAAUUGCACAAAUGCGUGCCGUAAAAUAUUGGAAGUAAUGCAACAAGAAGCCACCAAUACAAAUAAGGGGUAAAUUAAUUUUCAUCAAAACAAUGAAGUUCUGAAUUAACAAAAAAACCUAUAUGAUGUGUUUAAUUAUAUUUUUUAGUGAUGUGAUAUUGAAGAUCUUGGCGCAUAAUAAUUUGAUUGGUAGAAUAAUUGGUAAAGAGGGUAAUACGAUCAAGAGAAUUAUGUCUGAGACUGAAACGAAAAUCACUGUAUCUAGGCAAGUUGAAUCAUAAUUUGUAAAAUAUUAAACAAUAAUUGAUGUGUUUUCAAAUUUUUAGUAUAAAUGAUAUCAACAGCUUUAACUAUGAAAGGAUAAUUACUGUUAAAGGCUCAAUAGAGAAUAUGUCUAAAGCAGAAGCUCAAAUUAGUGCAAAACUAAGACAAAGCUUUGAAAAUGAUCUUCAAUCAAUGGCUGUAAAUAAUUCAUUUUAUUUAUUUAUUUUUCAUUUUAUAUACAUUUAUUUAGUCUUGAUUUACUCUUGUUAUUUAGCCUCAAACCGUUAUGUUUCCCGGACUUCAUCCGAUGGCAAUGAUGUCAGCAACAGGUAUAACUUAUCCAGGCCGCGGUGGUCCAACUAGUUAUCAGCCGUUUGCACCAGCACCAUAUCCUCCUAUAUAUCCGUCUACUAUCCCACCAAUCAACCCUGCCCUCGCUGCUGAUGUUCAGGUAUAGCUAUUUUUAUAAAUAUUUAAUUAUAAACUAAUUAGUAUUAGACUAAGUUAUAUGCUUAUAAAUUACUUUAUUUAAUUAUAUAGCAAGAAACCGCAUUUAUAUUCAUACCAAAUAGUGCUGUUGGUGCUAUAAUAGGAACUAAGGGUUCAAAUAUCCGUAGUAUGAUUAGAUUUAGCGGUGCAUCGGUUAAAGUUGCUUCCACCGAAAAUGAAAAACCAGGACCAUCUGGUGAUACAAACAGUGCUCAACAAGCCAGCCGAAAAGUGACAAUUAUUGGUUCAGCUGAAGCCCAAUGGAAGGUAUGAUCAUAAUUAAUGCUCGCAAGUUAUUGCACUAGAAGUCUUAAAAUUUAUUUCAUAAUUGCAGUAAAAAAUAUCUAAAAUUUCAAUAAAUUAUUUUAUUUACCAAAUUAAUAAAAAAAUACUUCACGUUUUUGGGAAAUAAUAAUUCAUACAUUAUCUUAUCAAAUAAUAUUUCCACCAUUGCUAUCACAAUAACAAAACCAUCAAUUAUUAAAUUAAUUUUGGAUGAUAUAUUAAUAUAUGACAAGGCCCCUUUCAUUAUUUCAUUUCAAACAUAAAAAAAAAAAUUAAAUCAAGUGAAUAAUAUUUAAAAGUAUCAAAAAUUGUAUCAUAACUGAGGAAAAUCAACAAAAUUACAAUCAAAUCAAAAUAAUGACAAAAAGUUGCGCUAAAAAGUUUUAGAUUUUAAUUUGUACUUGCAUGGAACAAAUUUAAAACUUACUUAGCAUUAAAUCUGAAAAAUAGAAAAAAAGUUCCAAAUGCAAAAACUUCCAAGUCCUAAUCAUAAUGAAUAUAAUUUUGAGUUAACUAUAAAAUGGGAUAUUUUAUUAUUAAUAUCGUUAUACUUUUUGUAGGCUCAAGGUAUGAUAUUUGACAAGUUACGAGACGAAGGUUUUGUUCCAGCUACUGAAGAAGUUAGAUUGACUGUAGAAAUAUUAGUACCAAGUAGUCAAGUUGGUCGUAUAAUUGGUCGCGGUGGAUCAAACGUUAGGGAAUUACAAAGAGUCACUGGGUCCAUUAUAAAACUGCCAACACAAGGAUCAACCGAUGGCACGGAAGAUACCACCACAGUGCAUAUUAUAGGUCACUUUUUAGCUACUCAAGUAAGCCUUGUAGUACCCAAUACAUAUUUCUAUUGGUUAUUAUCUUAAUUGAAUUACUAAGAACUGAUUUGAAUUUUUUUUAGUCGGCUCAAAGAAGAAUCCGUUCAAUGGUUGCAACUGGGGUCAAUCCUGUGCCGCGUACAUUACAACGCAACAGCAGACCCACAGAAACACCGCAGCAGUGAGUUCAUGACAGUUAUCGUUAAAUUCUAGCAAUAUAUCUCCUCCACCGACGUAAAAACAUUUUUACAAAAAAAUUUAACAAAUAAUGGCCAUUCGCACCACGAUACAUUAUUGUUGUCGGUUUAUUUGCUACAGGAAUUAACGACUGUCUUUAUUCACAAAAAUUUAAGAGCUACUGUUGACCUUGAUGGUCAAAGGAGGGGAUGUGACUGAUUGCGUGACCAAGAGUACAAACGAUUGUUUGGGUUUAGAAAGGGACGAUUUUUGCCUGUAUCUAUCUUUAACAAUCGGCUCUUUUUAUACAUGAUUAUUAACGUUAGGGAUUUUUUUUUUAAAAUAAAAAAGGGGAGACAAAAUUUUGAGAGAUACCUUUUUUUUCCUUAAAUUUAUUUUUGAUAAAUUGUUAAAAGUUAUUUAAUUUUUAAUUUAUUAAUUUUUUUUUUUGUUAAUUUUUUUUUAUAUUUAAAAAGUAUAUAUUAUAUAUAUAUUUAUAUAUUUAUAAAAAUUUUAUAAAAAAAAAAAAAAUAACUAUGGUAGGAUGUAGCUCUCCCUUCCCAGGAGAGUUACAUAGAAAAUGGAGAUUCAAAAUUUUAAUUAAAUUAAAUAUAAACACUCAAAAUUCAAAAAAAAAAACAUUCAUUCUAAUCAAAGAAAAGUAUAAUAUCUUCUCCCAUUUAAACAUAACGCAAUCUAUUUUUAAAUUAUUUUUUUUCUAGCUCUUAGUAGGUUUAUGCAUUAACCUGGCUACAAAAAUUAGCGAUAAUCCAUCCAUCCCCCACUUAAAAAAUUAAAUAAUGCCGCAGUAGCAUUUCAAAAUGGGCUAGUAGGAGGUCUAGUCCAUAAAAUAAUUUGUUAUUCUAUAUUUAAACCUAUAUAUAUAUAUAUAUAUAUAUAUGUACACAUUUGUAUAUAUACAUAUACAUUUACAUAUAUUUUAAACGAAACAAUAAUUUUUAAAUUGUUAUUAUUAUCAAUUUUGUCUCCAGCAUCUUGUUCUAUGUUUACAUGCAUAUUCAUUUACACAUACUCAAUUUAUUAUGGGCAUUAUCAUAUAUUAUUUACACAAUUUUAAUUAAAAAUAACUGUCUGUGACUUAAAAGAUUGUGAUUCAUGUCAAUAGAAUAUUUUUUUGUAAUUUAUACACUACGCAAUAGUAUGUUAUAUGAUAUGGAUAUAUAUGUAAAUCCAUAUAUGUCUAUAUAUACACAUACACAGUUAAUUGUUAUGUUUAAAUUUAAUUAUAUUUAGAACAAGAACGCUCUGACAAAGCAACCCCAAGCUUUAUGAAGCGCUUAACCAAAGAUUCAUUAUACAUAGUUCGGUUACUGGGGGAAAUUAAAAAGAUAAAUUAUUGAUUUUACAUUUUUCUGUUAUUAAAAUGUUAAAACCACUAAUUAUUAUUAUUAACGCAACUUCAUGGGCAUUUAAAAUGUUAAAAAAAAAAACAGAUGAAUUGAGAGUUAAUUAUUAUUAUUAUUAUUAUUAUUAUUAUUAUUAUAUUAUUAUUAUUAUUAUUAUUAUUAUUAUUAUUAUUAUUAUUAUUAUUAUAUUAUUAUUAUUAUUAUUACAAUUAUUAUUAUAGAAUAGAUAUCUGUAGAUUUCUGGGCACAUUUCCUCUCAUAUUAAAAUUAUUGUUUUAAGUUUAUUAUUCAUUUUGUAAUUAAAAUACUUGAUAAAUCCAUACAAACAACCGUGUAUGUGUUAAUAUUGUUAACAAUCUUGUCGUUUAAUAGGUCAUGAAAUUUAAAACAGAAAUUGUAAUUAAAAUUAAAACGGCUGAUUGAUAUGAAAAACACAAUAUUUAUAUUAUCUCACUAAAGUGAAAACGGAGAUUUUAUUUACUACAGGAUAUCCACUAAUUCCCAAAAUAAUUAUAGGAUAUUACAAUACAAAACAUUUAAAAAGAAAAUAACAUUGGAUUAUUCAAUUUAAAUUUGUGUAUUUUACUAAAUUAAUAUAUACUCUAUUAUUAUAUUAAUUUGUUUUCAUAUGGACUUAAUUGUACUGUAUUUAACAAAAUCGAAAUUGCAACUAAUAAUACAAUUAACUUAUUAGUGCUCAUCUUUUUAGUUUUUAUUAUUAUAUUAUUGUUUAUUAUUAUUGUAUCUUGAGUGCUUCAUAUUUUUUUUUUUAUAGUUAAUCUGAUUUUUGGGCUUUAAUAUUAUUAUUAUUUUAUUUUAUUUCUUUAACAAAAAUAAUCACUAUAUAUUUUGUGACAUAACAGCUUAUACAAUUAUUAUUUUUGAUUUUUGUAAAUUUUAUGUUCAUUUUUAAAUCUUCUUAUUGUUUUAUUGAAAUUAAUUGAAAAAACUAUUUUUUGAAUUUUAUGUUUUAAUAUGUUGAUGAUGAUUAUACCCUUUAGUUAAUAAUUUAUCAAUCUAUAUUUGUCAUUUUCAGUUUAAUUUGUAAAAAAAAAGAAAUUAUCUCUUACUAAAGUAUAAUAAUUGUAUUUUUUUAAAAUCAUAAUUUGGAGGGUAACUGAACUUGAUUACAUACAUUUUUUUAAGGAAUCCGUAAAUUAAUAGGAAUCCAAUCAUAUUUAAAAAUAUUUUAUUAAUAUAUUAGAUUCAAGUCUGUUUAAAAGCAAACUAUAUAUAUAUAUAUAUAAAAAAUUAUCAAUCACUCAUAAGCCAUAAAUCAUUUAACACAAAAAUUAGCAUUAUAUAUAUUAUUAUUAUUGUAUGCUUUAUAAUUUAAAGAAAAUUACAUUUUUAUUUCAAAAGUUAUCAUAGAAUAGUUUGGUGAAAGGGUUAGUAGAAAAAAAUAAAUACAUAAAUAAUAAUAAUUAAAAUAUAAAAAAUAUAUAAUUUCCGUAAUACCACUGGUAGGUAAGCCGACUGUAAAAUAUUUAAUUAAGAAAAAAAAAACAUAAGACCGAGAAAGAGCUAAGUAAAUGCAGGGGAAAAAAAAUCACGACAGCCUCACCCGGACAGAACAGGAGUAUAUAUUAUUUUAAUAUUUUUUUAUUAAUUUUUUUUGGGGGGGAAAGGAGGGGAUGUUAGGCUAAGAUGCAGUUUUUUUCUAUAAUCUGUCCAUCAGCCGUUGUGCAUUUUUACCAAUGAAUCCAAUUUGUCGUUUGUAAUAGAAUUAUUAUAAUAUCUGUGUAUGCAGUCAGAACUAAGAUAAUUAUUUACGUAUGUUGCAUUUUGUAUUAAUUAUUAUUAUUAUAUAUAUGUGUCGGAGAUAUUAUUAUGUAUUCAGUUAUCUUGUUCUUGUUUAAUUUUUAACGAUGACGUUCCGCGCUGUUAAUUAGUUUUGUAUACAAACGUGCAUUUUAUUAAUACGUGUAUAAGUGUCCAGUGUAUUAUGUAUAGACGCUGUGUUACAGUCUCCUUUUUCUACCAUGGGAAAAAAAUUAAAUUAUUCUAGUUAUAAAAAAUAAAAAUAAAUAAAUUGAUUGUAUAUAU